AUGCUGAUAGGUCAAGAUCGUGCAGGGAAGACAAGUUUGAAGAAAUCCAUCUUAGGUCUGCCAUUUGACUCUGAGGAAGAAAGUACUGCCGGAAUUGAAGUUGAUCCAUCGAAAUUCGAAGUGAAUACUGAUCUAGCAGUAAACUGGAAACGCACCGAUGAAAAGUCUGGAGUGUCUCAAUUUGCUCCGGAUCUUGCGAAGAAGGUAGCUAGGGAUCUCCAAGAAAUUGGUGGUGAAGGAGAUGAGAGAAAAAAUGACAAAGAAAAUGAAGUUGAGGAAAAAGGAGAGAUCAAUCCAAAACAGGUAAACCCAAGCAGACAAGUGAAAUAGGUCAGAGUGUUAGCCAAAAAGCAACUCAAGGCUAACAAACCAAAAAAAACAUCAACAGCAAAUUAAAGGGAAAGAGGGUUAUGGCGAGAUAGAGAAACAAACACUUACUUUCUUACUUUCUUACUUACUUUCUUACUUACUUACUUUCACGUACUGCAUGUAACCGUCACAAACAAAAAAAAACAUUCUUGAAGAACCUGUGCAAAAUUUCCCUGCUUGCAGAGGUUCUUUAUUGGCAGAGUAAAAUAUAAAGAGGAAUUAGAUACAUUCUCGACCCCAGUGCUUACGGGUUUGGGAAUGCGCGCGUAAGCUCUGGGAACCUGCGCAAGAAUAGCCAAAAUCUCUGGCUGUUUGGGCCUCACAGCGCAUGCUCUUUGAUCCAACCAAAACGUUUUUGCUUCUUUUAUAUCAAUAUCGACCCAGAGCUCUUCUGCGCAUGUAGAGGAGAGACAUCAAGACCUCUGCGACCCCUGGAGCAAGAUUGUCUCUGAUUGGUUUCAGCGAAAAACAAUGGUAGUCUUUUCACUAGAGCCUAAAUAAGCUAAGAAAUAUUUCAAGACAAGUAAAUUUUAAUUACUUCAAGUAAAAUAAAGCUUCACAUACAACCGAUUCUUUUUUACUUCAGGUUAUUUUCCCACGCAACAAAAUUAAGAUUGAUUGACAUGUCUCGCCUUUCUCAAAGCUCAAGGAAACGCAAAAACCGCAAGUCAGCUAAGUCGGUCAUAGGGAUGGUUUUCAAGUCGCUUGAAACUUUAUUGAAUCGUUUCGACUUUCCGAUUUGAAUGAGAUGCAAAGCAAAGUUACUUGAGAUUUUACUUAGGCCUUCACACACGAAUUUUUGGUUAAGUAAAACUUAGCAGCUCUCAAGUCUUACUUAACAGCCCAGUGUAAAGACAACCAAUAUAAGUGUUUCUGAAGAAAUGUUAAAGCACACACGACCGGCCGAUUAUUGAUUUCAGCGAUUCCAAAACAACAUUUGCACGGCUAAUUAGGCAUAGUUACUGGAUGUUCCAAUUUUCAAAUGAAAUAGCUUAGCUACAUAUCGAAAAUUGAACCAGAAAAAGAUUUGAGUGUGAAAAAAUAAAAUAAAAAUUCACCGACAUCUUUGCCAGCUACAAUUUAAGAAGCAUGAGACAUUACCAAUUUUUCUUUGACUUCCACGUUAUCGUAUUCACACGAAGUAGCCGAGUAUGAUUGAAAACUUCCGCAGCUACUCGUAUUUUAGUUGACAAAUAAAAUUUUACCGGUUGGGAAAAGUAUCACGUCUUCUGAAAUAACCAUGUCACUUGCAGAGAUAUCAGUUACUUUAUAUGUUUGUCGCUAAGCUUAGAAAUGAAUGAUCGAAAUGCAAAACUGGUAAACUCGCGGAGCUCAUGGAGGCCAUAAAAACUGUGGGCUCAGUGAUUUCCAGCUUACACUCAAAAGGGUACGCGCAUUGCCGAUCGAUUCGGAAAUAAAAUCGGUUUUCAAAACAAAACAGUUUCGACCGCGUUGGGGGCCGGCAGAGGUCUCUUUUAUUCCUUUCCUUUUUUCUCUUGUCAUGAUAGGCCUUUGAUAGUUGGGAAGUGUGUAAGAUUUUGGGCCCUAGUGGCUCUUAAUAAAUUAUUUAUGGUUUAAGAGGUCUAACACGUCCUUAUACCCUGAGGGUGCUUACUGUGUUAAAAAAAGAAUUUUCUAUUCAAAGUUAGUCUGGGCGAAACGCUAUUGAAAGAGAUGAUUUGCGCAAAUUAAGGGUUAGUUACCAUAACAACUCACCAGCUAUGACCCAGGAUUACCGCUAAGCCAGCUUCGAACAACUCAGCUCUGUUAAGUGGAGAAUGGUCCCUUGAUAAAGUGCAAAAAUUAAUGUGUUCGUCUUUAUCGGCACAUUUUGUAGGCUGGUUUUGACGCUCCUGAAAAACGUCAGGGACAGGAAACAAAUGUGAAGCCAUUGAUGGAAGAGAAACCAGCCUUGUUUAAGACUCAAGUGGAUCAGGUCAGUUUAAAUUCCCCUCUAUGUACGUGUGGCAAGCCUUUAUUUUUUUGUUGCAGGAGAAGGGCAGAAGGGAGACACACCGUGGGAACGAGGUUGUAAACAUUACAGAUCACUGUUCCACCCUCAGAGGAAAUUCUUUGCUUAAGUGAGGAUCUAUUGUCCCAAUUCUUUUUCAUGGACUUCUGUUCUGGCAUUAUUCCUUAUUAAUAAGCGUAUUUAUCCGAUUCAGGGCGCAACUUCGAACAGGCCACGUCAAAUAAAAGCGCCCAUCCUACAGGCAGGAAAAGCUAAUAAGCGACAAGCCUCGAAUAAGCACCCACCCCUCCUACAACUUCCGACCAAAAAAUAAUUGACCUUACCGAAAAUGAGAUUGAAAUAAACUGUGUUCUGCUAGAGACUUACCUGAAGACCGAGUUUUCUUAGUAUUUUGAAGAAACUUUCCAGGAACAGUUAAAAUUCUUCUUAGUCGAAACAUCGUCACAUUUUGUUGCAACAUAAAAUUCCUAUUGCUGAAAAUUGUGAAAAUUUAAUAAGUGCCCAGCCUCAAAGAAGCGCCCACCUCGAAUAAGCGACCACUCUCAAGGUCCAAAAGUUAAAUAAGCGCCCAGGGCGCCUUAUCGAAUGUAUACGUUAUAAGAAUAAUUGAGGAUCAACUCCCCUUUUUAAUAACCGCUCGUUUGGAUCCACGUACCGCUUGUGACGUUAUGUUUUAAUUAAAAGCGGUCAUAAACAACGUUGUUCGCCAAACGUCUGCAGGGGGCAAGGUCUUUCAAACUAUACCUAAGUGAGCGUGAUUCAUUCAAACAGAGCAGCGCAAAAAAAUAAAUGUUUGUAACCAACAACUGACUAUAUCAUGGUAAACUGACGGCUUCAGUAAUAAGUUUAAACCAGUUAACUUUAUUUUACAAGUAAAAUAUCAUUUAACAACUUAGUAGCUUACUAUUUUUAAAGAAAAUACACAAUCUUUGGUAGUAAAUGGGACUAUAGGUUGCUGGAUGCACUCUGAGGUAAAACAAGGGUGGCAGCAACUCACACCAUAACGUGCAUGCAAUAAGGUUGGUAGCAAAACACCCUAAUGGGGGUGGGAAGCCACAAACUCUGAGCUAGGAAUGACCAAUGCAGUAAGGGUGUGGCAGCGACACACUCUGCACUGUAAUAGUCGCAGAGAGAGAUUCGACUGUAUUUGAAGUAGUUACUGUUAAAAAAGUAGCAUUUUAACCUUUUUAAAACCGUUUUAGGGCUCAUCAGGUGAAUCCGACGUUAGAGAAGAAACAGAUAGAGCCGUCUUAACUGACCUAAAAAUCGAUCCCAGUUUGCCUCCAGAAGAAUUUACGGAUCAUCUUGUUCAACUUCUCAAAAACGUAAACCUUCAAAGUGAUACAACAGUAGUCGAACAUCACUGCAUCCUUGAUCUCUGGGACUUCGCCGGUCAACAUCUUUACUAUGCGUCUUACCCAGUUUUUUUAUCGACACGAGCAGUUUAUAUACUUGUGCACGAUCUCAGCAAAAAAUUAGACGACACUGCUCAGCCUUGUUUUAAACAGGGAAUUCGGAAAAUUCUACUCAGAAAUCCAAAUAAGGAAACAAAUUUAGAAAAUUUGUUGUCAUGGCUGGUUUCUCUAAGGACUAUGUGCUCAGUAAAACCAGACGUGAAUGACUGGAAAACGAAUGUGGAAGAUCUGCCGUACUGUCGCCCUCCAGUAUUCAUCGUAGGAACACAUGCAGAUAAACCAUAUCAAGACUUCAAGGAGGCUGAAUCGCAGAUUCAGCAGGAAAUUUCUGGAAAGGACUACGAACGUCACGUGAUCCGUCCAUUCUUCUCUGUCGAUAAUACCCAAGGUUCAUCUGAUGAGGGAGUUGUCUCACUUAAGAAACGAGUGAUUGAAGUCUUAAAACAAGAACCAUAUAUGGGAGAAGAAGUGCCAAUUAGGUAAGCUUUUAAGUCAAGAAAAACUCUGCUCCUUAUUAGUUAUUGAAGAUUAUGCGUAAAGUUUAUGCAAUAUCAUUCUUAAUAAAUAACGUUUUAAAAUAAAGUUAUAGUUUGUCUCAUAACUUUUUAUUGUAGUCACUUGAGUUGGUUGCGGAGGCAGCGAGGUCGAAUGAUUACACAGAUUGUUUACCAUUUUCAUGGGAAACUGAUCGCUUCACGGUUUGGGUAAAUGGUAAGCAAAAUUCAGGACUGGUAAAUUUCAUCCCGAAAUCGCGUUUACUAUUUGUACAAAGCAUUUCCACUAACAAAAAACGGCCGCGAAGCCUGAAACUGUUAUCAAGGAUAGCUUUGAAGAUAUGGAACACGAAUUUCCGUUUGGAGCAUUCUGCCGGGAAAAAAUAUGUUCCGUUGCUCCCGGAAAUUUUCCACUGGGACGACCCAAAAAGUCGUGUUCCAUUUACUUUCCAACCAGGUUUUCCGGAAACGUUUUGUGAAUGGUAAACAACCACAGUGCACUUUCUGACAUUAGACAACUAGAACUGGGUAAACUUAUGUUUUCUUUUCGCCAUUCUCGCUACUGCUAGUAGAGUAUAAAUAUUACUUUUCGUAACAAGAAAGUCCAUACUGUGACACUAAAUGCACGAAUGAUUUUCACCUUCCUUUCUGUAGAACCAAUCCGCAGUCGUAAAAUUUCUGUGAGUUUCCAAGGACCACCUUAUCAUAACUCUUUAGGAAGUGAGAUGAAAGAUUCUAUCUAAACUUUGUAAGCAUUUCUAUGAAAACUAAUAAUUAUAUAAUUAUAAACCUUGUAAAUAGUUUCUGUUUUCUUCACAGUGUCCCAUUGUUUAGGGUAUUUGUUUGUUACUAUACUUCAUAUUUAUACAUAUUUAUUUUAGUUAUUCACUUUCUAUCAAUUUCAUUUAAUUAUUCAGUUUACGCUCAAUCCUGGCCUUGUAAACUUACACUUUUAUACUCUAAGGGAGCCCAAUAUCUAUGAGCCUUAAUUUUUAUGGUUUCUUUUUGGGCUUCCUCACCACAUAUUCUGUGUAUUUCUGUAUUCUCGUCUUUCGUUUUUUGUGGUGAAAUAACUAAAACUAAAACUGCCAUAUGGAACACAAUGUUCGCGCGGUUGUGUUUCCUGCGUGACGCGGAGAAUUAGUUCCCUCGGCGGUCAGUUUAUUUGCCAUCCUCUUUUUGCCGUUUCCUAACCGUGAACAUCAACGCAUUUCAAUUCCGCUAUCUCUGUUCAUUUUCUGUUGAUGUUACUAGGGUGAAGCCUCAUGAUGUGGAUAGCUUCCUUCACCCUACGGUAGUAUUAUAUCAGUGGGUCUCGAUGUAUACGCUUUAUCUCGUUCUGUAGCAUAUAAUGGCCAGACGUUCCGGCUUAACAAGACGGUCUCGUGAUCUACAGGAUUUCCUGUGCGUGCGUCAAAGUCUACAUCGGGGAAACAGGGAGGAGAAACUAAGACAGCACGAAGGAAAAGAUUCAUCCGUACCAGUCCUCCAACAUAGCAAAACCCAGCCUUUUUCCGCGCUUUAGAACGACGUUCAACUGCCCAUCACCUAAAAUUUUAUAUUUUCUUAUCUGAAACUAUACCUUAUUAAAAUAACUUCUGCGAAAAAAUUUUGCGGUUUGAACAAAACGCGAUUUUUUUACCAAUUUUUGAAGUCUACAUUUUUGCGGUACACCCGUGCCGCUGAUCAUGCAAACUAACAGGCUCACAUAUCACAUAAUGUGACGUAAAUUAAGGAACUUGCAUUACCAGACGACGAUCGAACAGUAUCCCAUGAUGCACCUCGAUUCAUGUUAUAUUAUCACUGCGUGCGUGACACAUCAUGAUCAGUAAUCUUCAGCACGCGCGAAGUGAACAUCCAUCGCAGUGCUCGAUGUGGAUGGUUUCCAAACAUGUUUCGGUUCAGCAGCUUCUGCUUUUGAGAUUAUCGAGUUGGCUUAUAUUCACUGUGCUUUAAAGGAGAAUUUCAGCGUUGCUUUGACUGAGAAGGGUUUUACAUGUAUUUCACUGAUCUGUCGAGAACUACUUGUGCCGCGCUCGGUCGCACUGUAAACACAAAUUAUAAGACUGGCAAUUGUAAGCUUCGCUAGGUUCACUAGGAGAACCCAGGCCAGAGGAGAACCAAAACUACGACUGAUCUAUAAAGUGGUUCCAACAAAACAUCCGCCACGCUGUGAAGCUAAUUACCAAAGGAGAAUUUAUUACAGCAUCGCGCUCAAAGGAGCUGAAGUUUACAAUGGCAGUUACAAACAAAAUUUAACCUAUCGAUGCGACAAACAAUUCUCUGAAGCACAGUCUACCCGGUACUGACUCAAGCAAUCUUCAAGGAAAUUUCCUGGCCAGAAUACUGAUCUGUUCUUUUGAAUAAUUAAAGUUUCUGAUGUUUCUUUUUCAAAUUCUGAGCAGGCUUCAGUUUACGUUGUGCCGGCUUGCAUGCUGCGUGGUACCUUUCUUUGGGUUCUUUUCACACUGAAACACACCGUUAUACACCGCUCCUUCUUCGAAUUAGAAUAAUUAUAGUCAAAUUCCUUUUAAAAAUAACCUCUUUGAAAAUACAAAGUGAUUGCUUCGGCAUAGAGCGCUCUCGAAAGCGCCCAACAGAUUGUAGCCUUCAUCAGGCUUUACACAUAUAUUAUGACACAUGGCGUUGAAAUGUGAUAAAAGAUUCGAAAUUUCAGCCAUCUCUGGUCGACGAAAAAGUCUUCAAAAUGUGGGUACUUCUGGGUACUUCUUAGCCUGUACAAUAUUCAGGUCUUCAUUUUGCUGGCGUGAGGUCCACAUUUGGAAGACUUCAACAUAUGUUCCAAAAAAUCUUGAAUAUUCAUGACCUCGUUGUGGGUCACUGAACACUUUGUGAUGGGAAGACUAAUUGAAACCGUGAAAAUAAAUGUUUCUAUGUGGAAACUUCGCUCUUAAGCCAUUGCAAAUCGGAGAAAUCAUGUCAAAUAACGAAAUAAUGUAAUUUGUUUACUUUUACUGGAAAUCGAGUGAGAAAAAAGCCGACGAGAAAACGACCUUAUUUCAUGAUGGAAUCUGCUAUGACUGCGAUAUUGCGUGAUGCUUCUGGAAAAAUGCAUCAUGGGAUACUAUUCGAUCCUCCUCUGUUGCAUUACCUUGCCUUCACUAGCUGUACACAAAAAAGAUAAAUUACAGGUAAGGAUUGAAUCACAAUGUCUUCGCAAGAAGAGAGGUUUUCGGAAAAAGAAAAACCUAUCAGAACUCUUAAUGUUUUCCUGUGGAUAAGCUCACGUGUUCCUUAAAGUACGUCGUAUGACGUCAUACUCCGAGAGAAGACUAAGACAAAUGGUGUGGCAAAAUAGCGGCAAAUUUGAACGUUUUUGAAAAAUUCUAAAAAAAUCGUCUUUGGUUCAAUUCGCAAAAUUUUUUCGCAGAAGUUAUUGUAAUAAGGUGUAGUUUCAGAUAAGAAAACAAAAAAAUUUAAGUGAUGGGCACUUUAAGUCUAUCAGUCUGGGGUGUUGGCCCCAGGACCCUCGGGACAAACCUGUUUUGAUAGUGUGGUAUACCGCUUAGCCCAUGUUAUAGAAUAAAAUGAAUUGAAUGAGCAUUUUAAAGAAACUUGGUCAUUACCUAUUUAUCUAUCAGAAUACAGACGCCGCUGACGUCAAGAAGAUCAAUCUUGUCGUAUCCGGUGUUUCCAGUCUCACACUUAUGAAUAUGCUAAGAUACUGAAGAUAUGAUAAGAUGGAUUUAUUCGGAGCGCCAGAAGGAACACCUAAAUUUAUAUUUUUGUAUUUUAAAAUACACGCAACCUGACUUUUAUCGCUUCUUACACUGCAAAUUUUAAUAGAUUGUACCGACACAUUAUGUUGAAGAUCAUACGCACGAUUUCUUCUGGACGAAAUUAUUGUAUUCAAUUCAGUGACAAUAUACGAACAGUUUCAUCACUGAUAGCCUCGUUUAUUCUUCAGUGCGUAGCACAUUCAGCGAACAUAGAAUGUGAGGGAAGAAAACGAAAACAAAACUCGAUACCUUCAAUAUCAGUGAUUGCACAAUGAAGCAUUGUCCAAUUUUUACUAGCCUCCCACGCAGGCGUUUUUUGGAGAGCUCAUUUUUCAUCCCUCCCCACAAAGGGGAGGGAUGAAAAACGAGCUCCUCUAAAAACGCCUGCGUGGGAGGCUAAAUUUGCUCCGGCAGAGGAUCAGAUCCUGUGUCAACGGGUUGGAUUGCUUGGAUUUUCUUUGCUUAAGUCACCCGGUAGGAGAUUAAGGGUUCAGUUAUUACUCUUUAACACCUUCUUUUAGCUUGUGUUUUCAUAUUUGGUUUUCAGAUGGUUCAACUUCGAGAGGGUUAUCAAAGCUUUGAUUGCUCAGGAAAUGUAUUAUUUAAACUUCGAACAACUUCAAGGUAUUAUCCAGAGAGUUUGCUUCAUUGAAGGUGAGGAUGAGGCUGCCACCAUGUUGGAUUUCUAUCAUGACCUCGGCAUGAUUUUCAGACACCGCAACACAGUUGUAAUUCGGACUCAGUGGCUCAUAGAGGUCUUCAGACAACUCAUAACUAUUCGUCCUUUUUACGAAAGGGUAAGUGGAACAUUUUUUCCAUCCUAAUUGUUUCAGCCUGAUUACAUUGCAGCAUAAUGAAUGACCUUCGUAGAAAACACCAUCCCACCCCCUUUUAUAUCAGCUUUUGAUUAUCUUGAUUAUUACUGGGCUGCCUGUGCGGCCCAGUCAUAAAAUGGGCUUUCGGUCGUCGGUGUCGAAAAGUGGUCUCCCGGGGGAGGGAAGACACGAGGGUCUGCUACCGAGAAACGAUGUUCUCACAAAUGGUUUCAUAUGAGUUUCUCUUGCUCGGAGCCUUACACGGAUACUUUUUGUUCCUCGUUUGCGCUCCCCCUGAAAAACUCACAAGGCGUUGCGAACCUGAAGAAGGCUAUUUGUGUUGUUCGAAGCGAUUCGAUCAUGGGAGUUACUCUAUAAUUUUUUUAUUGUUCGAGUUUAAGUCAGUUAGAUGAUGUUGGCGCUGGGAAACUCAGAGAAAUGCUCGCGUUGCAUUCAAACCGACACGCCGUUCACGGUAGGUUCACACUAAAAGACUGAAAAGAUGACUGUGAGCGUCAGGUUUGGAACACCGUGGCCGCUUCGUGAACUAUCGAUCGAUGUAGUACAUGAGCAAUUAAGAAGCACAAUUUAUGAGCAAAGUAUUUCACCAGUUGACGACAUUAUGGCUGAAGACUUGAUUGUAAGCAGUCAUAGUCAGUGAAGCGAACAACUCAGUUGCCGAUGAAUGGCAGAUGAAUCCUGAUGUGAGGCACGUCCAUAAGCGAGGGACGUGACAACUUUGCCAUGUUAGAAGAUUGGCUUUUCCUUUAAAUAUUUCCUUCUAUUUAAUGCAACACACGCCACUUUGGAGAUCUAAAUUUCGGAUACUGAGGAUAAAGAAGACACGGACAAAAAUAGGAACUCUGAGAAUUUCGCACACAAGUUUAAAGCUUCUCCGGGACAUCCCAUCCGGGAGCUUCACAGAGAGCGACUUGAGGAAAAUAGCAGCUAUUACUGACAAGGUUUAGUGACUGAGUAGAGCAUAUAAGUGUAGCCCACGUCGAGGUUUCAGGGGGUUUGCUUUUGUUUGUAUCUGUAUCUUGCUAAGCUUUUAUCAUUAAAUUUGUACAAGAUCUUGUGAUCACAAUUCUGUGUUUUCGCCCAUUCAGCAAGCACGCUAUAUUGAUGUCAGCAUUAGCGAGUUUCAGAAACAUGCCUUUGAAAAUUUUCAGCGCUCGUGAUGUUUCUUGAUAUUUCUUUUACCAUUUUGUGGAGAUGUAAACUGAAGUCACCGCAAAAUGGAAACUUAAAAAAGCGUAUAAUCCAUUUAUCUCGAAACAUAACACACAUGACUUAUACGACCUUUAUUUUCGUAAAGGUGUUUUGAAUACGAACGAACACAGUCAAUGUGAGGGGCAAAAACAGCAUUAAUAUAAAUGAACCAUAGGAUUUUAACUAAUAUAAGGGUCAAUUAUUGUGCAUUGAGAUGAAUCGCUUGAAAAGAGAGACUUCGCUUGAAGAUGUGAUCAGAAGUAAACAAAGGCAUAAUAGUGCGUCACGCUCAGUCUUUUUAAUAUCCAAGGAGUCACUGUGAAUAGUGUUUCCAUAUUGUUUAGCUGGCACAAAAACCUCGGACGAGUUAUAAAGCGGCAUAGUUAUCUUCCAUGAAGAAAAGUUAGUCUUGGGUGAGACAAACAGAACUGGAGCGAAUUUUUAACUCAUAUCGGUAUCAGGUAAAAAAUAUGUUAUCGAUCGUUUCAUCUAUUUACAUUGUUUGAAGUGCGUGCUGGUGAACGCAACAUGCGAGCGAGAAAUCUUUAAACUUUUUUAGGUCUCAAAAUGCAAAGGAUUUUAUUCCUUUAAGUUAGAGAAAAAUACCGUAAGGAAAAUCUUAAAACUGAAUACUUUUCAUCUUGUGGAAAAAAUAGUGCGUUUUCAUGUAGACUGUGGACCGCAAAUUAGGAUCGCACUUUUCACAAACAUGCGAAUUCUGGAGCUCAGAACCCAACCGACGAUUGCGUAUUUCGCUGCUGUCAAUCAUCUUAACGGACCUCUUAGGAAACAAAAAUUUACUUCACGGGUUCAAAAGGUCAUGGUUUGUGAUUUGUGGAUUUCGAUCCGUUUUGUGUGUUUCUCUGUUUCAAGGUUCGUUGCUUGUGAUCGUAAUUAUGAUUGACGGCAGCCAUAAACACAAUUGUGAAGGUGGCUUUUGAACUUUAGAGUUCGCACGUUUGUGAAAAGCGCAGUAAAGUCUCCGUGCAGUCAGUGAGGCCCCUGGAUCAGGCAGGAUCAGUGGGCAGAUAACUGUCUGUUUUAGUAUACUUCUGGUUUUCAUACAAUACAAUAUUUCUGUCUAGUGUAAAUCAGCUCAGUCUGUCGCAUUUUAUGCUCGUAGAAGGACAACAAUUUUUGAAAUUUCCGGUUACGUCAAAUUAGUCACGUUAUACUGUCACGCUAUAUUUUGGGGCACAGAGGGAUUGGGGGAGGGGUGCGUGGAAAUAAUGCAAAUUGUUUCCUGUUUAGAAUUAAUGGCUAACUUGUUUAUUUUUAUUCAUAAUGGUGGAAUUUAAAAGUUAUUUUACAGCCCCCACUUAAAAAUGGUACUCUUUUUUUUUAGUUACGAAAGUCUUUCAAAAGGGUACAAUGUUCUGAAUGAGCUUAUGUUUCAGUCUCACAUGAGAUUCUGUUGCAUGCAAUGGUUGCCGACAAGGUUUUAUGGUAGCCUGAGUGUGUAUAGCCGCCCCCUCCCCUCAGAAAAAAUAGCCCCUUUGCAGCCCAGUUAAAAAUCGCCUUUCGACGAUUCUUGUCUCUUAAAAAACCUUCAAUGACCUUACAGAUCUAGAGCUAAGCCUUACAAGAUUUCCAGAGAGCAAGGCGAUAAUUAACGUUCAUAAUUAUUGUACUGUCUUGAAAGGGUUUCUUUGUUGAUAUGCACGGCACGUCAGAAAACUUAACUUGCACUUUAAACCCAUCACGUUUUCAGUGGCUAUAGGUGACUUGCGAGUUAUAGCUUAAUGUUUUGUCAAAAAGAAACAACCAAUGGCCACUUUAUUAGUUGGAAUCAGAGCCACCUUAAACCUGACAAACCAGCCAAUCUAAGGAUGGUGUCACGCCGUCGAAAAUGAAAUGCUUUCUGGUCUUGUUUAUGACGUUAUCGAUCGCCCGCUAACUAGGGAACUUAAGCAGCAGUGACGGCGACGGUUACGAAAACGUCACUUAAGGUAAUUCCCUUGAAAUUGUUCUACUAUCAAACUUUUUUUGAAACGUGGCAUAAUCGACAUUCAUGAUAUGAACAUUAAAAAAAUGCAAUAAAAAGAUGGGGUCACAGUGCUUGUUUACGCGUCAGCAGGCUCUUAAACUGGGAUAUUUUUACUAGUUGCGCGUUAAAAAUUCGAAUCCCCUUCUUACAGAAUUAAGUCGUUCUUACUUGAAACACACAAAAUUUUAUCUUGAACGUAAAACUUCUUUUACUCAAAUAGCAGUAUUGCUUCAUAUAAUUUGUUUUUGAUUGCCUGUUUGUGGGGAUAUUGCACUUUUUUGGACAGUUCCGUGGUUUAGCUAGAAGUCCUCGCCUUGACCCAAAUACACCAAAUACGAAACUAUUUGCCCCAAAAAAUCAUGUUCUACUAUCAAACUUUUUUUUCUUCUUCAAAUAUGUUCUUUAUGAGACUGUUCUUAGCAAAUACCUGGGAAAAAAAAUCGGGGGUCACCGUGCUUGUUUCCUCACAAACUGCUGUGAAAGGUGGACGUGGUUUUGAGAUCGCAGUCAGGAUUGAUAAUUUGCGCGGCGGGGACUGGGGCGAGAUACAAAGUAACGCCCAUCGUGUUCGAAGUAUGCACUCGAAAUCAAGCUUGUUUUGUGUUGUUUUUAUGUGUUUGAUAUCGCCAACACAGAAAUUCAAACUUGAAAAGAGUACAUUAAAUACCAAGGAAUGAGGUAAGUCAAAAUUUGAUGAGAUUUUGGAGUUAUGAAUCUUUAUUUUGGACUAUUUUGUAGCGCCGCCGUUCUGUUUAAUUCCAGUGAGUUAGGGUUCGAUUUUUUUACUUUUGCACGAUAUAAAUGCUUGACGAAGAGACUUGAAGAAAAGACUAUUGAUUCCUAUUCUUCAUAUGUUCGCUUGUUUGGUCUCUAUACACAGCAAAACUUCGUAUUUACAUCAAAGACUGGUCUCCCUUGCGUGGUUCUGGUGCUAUACGGUGGGUCUUAUUUGUUCCAGAAAUAUUCGUCUCUCCACUCUCAGAGUUUGAACAACAUAUGUACAGUAGCAAUCCCAGGCGAGAUACUGGCUCGUUAAUGCAGUUGGAGAGCCGUAGAGCUGUCCCACAGGCUUCACAGUCCUCACAAUCCAAAGCCUCAGCCAGCACAUUUUAAUAAUUCCACAACUCGACGGCCGCGAAGUGAAAAACCACUGCAGACUUCGGGAUCACGCACAUUUCUUUCAUUUUCUUGUUUUUUGAUAGCAAACCAGGAAGCUUUCAGCCGAUCUGCGGCAUCAUUAUUACGAAUAAAAGCUUUAGCUCUGCAAAAGCGGCCCUUGUUUGUUCUUUUAGCGCUAGUGCGAAGAACCGCCACCAGCAAUGUUAUGCACAGUAGAGGAUGCGCAGUGCAAAACAAGGGAUUUACCUUAAAAGGUGAAUUCGCGCUUAUUUCUUUUUGUUCAAUUUAUUGCUAAAAAUGUUGGCGAAUUUUUCUGGAGUUGAAUUCUAAGGGUCUGUAUUUCAGGCAAGAAAAAAGAAAGUCGCGCCUUGUCUUGUGUCCACGUCCUCGACAAAACGUGAAAUUAGGCAUUUUCACGUGGUAGUCGUGCAACGACGGCAAAGAAAUGUACAAGAAGCGUGAUGUACGUGCAAAGUUGUUGUUUUGCUAAUAUAAGCCAAUUGCUUUUUUUUGCUGUUCUCGUUGCCGUCGCCGUCGUCGUUGCUUAAGCUCAAGAACAAGGAAACCAAAAAUCCCUGCUAUACCACUGGCCUUCCUCUUGAAAAUUUAGCUCUAACUGGUAUUUCACAUAUGUAGCUUACAAUGCUUAUUUGUUAUCUCCUGAAACUCAAUAUUCUGCUGAUAUGUAGGCUCGAUUUCUGCCGUCUCCCGGGUCCGGUGUUUAAUCCUUUCCGACGAGAGACUCCUUCGGGGGUAUGAGUGCGGGCUCAUUUUCCCGAAAAGCGGCUGGUAGUCGAGCCUAGCUGAUAUGAUGUAUUACAGUUAAUACAUGUUCGAUCUGACGCUUUAUCGUACCUCUCAAGUUAUUCAAGGACAUGUAUUUCUGAGACCUCUAUUGUUAAGAAUAUAUCGCUACUUCAUUGCCAAAAUAUUUAACUAAUCCAGUCUUUAAUGUGCUGGAUAUAUUGGCACCUCGCAUUUCAGUCGUCUAUUUCUUUUGUGGUAGCGCCCAACAAAAAGGUUAAGAUCCUUCAGGUGUAUUAAGGACAGGGUCAUCUAAAAAACGUAAAAAAACAUGAAACAAUGAACGGAGGUGGUCUAUCUCCGCAAAUGCAACGUAUUGACACGAAACCUACGUGAGAGCUUACUGAAUCGCGUUGUAAAGAUUAAGUUUGAUUGAAAGCUGUCAAGAUAAGGAUCACGUGACUCAUUGAGGUAUUCAAUUACCAUUUUUAACUUCAGGCCAUCUGUAGGAGAACUUAUACACACUUACUUUUAGUUAACAAAUAACGCGCGGAAAGUGUUUUGCGUAUCGGGAUGUGCACGAAACUAACUGGAAGGCAUGUCCAGGUCACGUGGUCAUUGAAAUGUGACGAUUUUUCUGUCACGUGACAGCCAGAAAACAUUCAUCAAGGGUAGGCAUAUCACCAUUCCAGUUACAUUUGGAAAGCACUUUAGAUAGGUGAAAACAGCACCAAUAAAAAUGCUCAAUAAAAGUUUUUUACCCUGCCUGCAGAAUCCUUAAAGACAAAAUACGGAAGUGAAGCGUUACUUGAUCACGCAAUACGUUACCAUGGUGACGUCAAUCUCAAAAUACUUUCUUCACAAGGAUAAUACAAUGACCAUGUCUCAGCCUUGCCACACAUUCUCUUUUGAAGAUAGACCACCCCCUUAUAUUUCAGAGCAAAAAAAUGAUAGAUCUAGGCCUUAAUAUACCUGAGUUAAUUCCAUCUUUAUAGCUGUGACAUUUGGUUGUUUUGCUGAAGAAAUGCCUUCCUCCGGGUUUGAUAGGUACCAAGACUUUCCAGGUUGUGGAACGAAAUGGAGGAUACAGGGGUCCUCAACAUGGAGCUGGUUGAUCAUGUGUUCUCCAAGUGCUACCAACUGAAAGACCUGAUCAAGGAGGAUAUCUUGAACAUGAUGGAGCAGUUCGGACUGAUCGCCAAGUUUACAGCGUCGCUGACAGAUGAAAUGUACUUUGUACCCUGUCAACUGAAGACACCACCUGAAUUCCUUUGUGAAAUGAAAUUAUCACCUUCAGAUCCUUGUCCUCUCUACCUCCAUUUUAAAUGGGGUUUUGUCCCUCACGGUCUUUUUUGCCAGCUCGUGUCACGUUGUACUAGAUGGUACUCUGAGAGUGGUUUCAAGGAAACGCCACAUUUUUUCGAUGGAGCCGCCCGGUUUUUCAUAGGGAAAAAGUCCUCUCACCAGUUCAUUCUUUUAUGCAGGAAAAGAUUCAUCAAGAUCAUCUUGACACAACCAAAGGGAAGUCAUCGUGAAGUAAACCAAGCAUCGUUCGCUGAAACAAACGAGGUGGCUAUUCUUGUUCGAAAGUUUUUGGAAGAGACAUUGCAGACCCUAAUACGUGAGCUGUCGUGGUUGAGAAACCUGAAGUGUGACUGGUGCGUCGCAUGUCCUGGCUGUCUGCGACAUGAACAGGUUUGUUCUAUCCACGAACAGAAGUGCUGUACUCACGAGGACUGUCUGUGCCUUCUGAAAGUAGAGGAGGGGAUACCGAGGCACUGUCAAAAAAGACUUGAGAUGCCGACGCUGCCCGGACUGGAAAAAUGGUUCUCACUAGAAGGUAACUUGGGCAACAUAUCUGUGGGGGUGGAUAAGUGUCUUAUAACAGUACCUUAACACAUUUCAAUAUACGACUGACAAGGACAUGCAAGAUUCUCUCAUAAGAAAUUUCAUUAAUUACUCUUAUCUUUGUUGCUGAUAACCCUCCAAAUACUCGGUUUUCUUUUAGGGGUUGACAUUUUUGAACAGAUUCACAAGUUUACAAUUCCGAAGCGAGUUUUGGCAAGAUCAUUUGGGCCGUAACUUUAAAAUGUAUUUAUAGGGCCAUUCAAAGGCCCAAAAAGGCCAAAAGGCGGGGGCUUAUCCCGGUUUUAUUAGCAUGAAGCAUCUAGGGGUAUUGCUACUCCCCCCUGGACGGGAUACUAGUCCAUCGCCGUGUUACCUCAGCGGUAUCAUUAUGAUGUCGCCGGUACCCAUUUAUACACCUGGGUGAAGAAAAAAGUGGAGUAAAGUUCCUUGUCUAAGGAAAAAACGCUACGGGCGAGGCUUGAACCUCGGGGGCCUUUGGCUCGUGUGCGCCUUUACCUAUAGGGUCUUUCGAACCAUUUUCAUUUUGACAGUACUUGGAACCCGCAACCCAAAACCUUCAGUACAAAGUAAAGUCGCGGAUUCCAUUGUCUGUUAUAAGAACACUGACUUAAAAGGUAAUUUUGGUCCAAAACUGUGAUAAAGACGUCGGGUUUCUUAAGGGUAAACUUUUUCAUGCAGUUCAGUUAAGAACUUAAGCAAAGUUUCCUCGUGAAAAUGUUUGCUUUCGUCUACAUAUAGAUUAAACAUGUGUGCGUGAUGUUUUCUGUGAAAGCCCGCUAAUCUGGCUAAUAGAGGGUUUGGAUACGGCAUCCGGUUAUACGGACACUAUGGGAUGUCCCCUUCGUGUCCCUAUUAACCGGAUUCCACUGUAGUGGCAAUCUGUAAGGCAAAAGUUUGAACUGGUUUGUUGGGCCAGACGUAGGAAAGAUAUUUUUUAAGAACAUAUUCUAUUCCUGGCAUGUAAUCGAACAGUGGAUUACAGCUGAACUGUAAAAAAAGAGGUCAAGAUUUAAGAAAAAAUGCAAUGUACCUUUCCUAAAUUAUCAGGGUUGACAUAUCAGUUGAAAUUUCAGCUAAAUUGUACGUAAAUUUCAACGUAACAUGAAAAACUGCCAUGAUCAAAGGCGAUUAUUACCGCAAAAUCGCGAAGGAAGCCGUAAAAGGAACUAACUUAGUUACCUUGGGAAUUAAUUCGCUUGUAACAGCAUGUUACCACGGUAACCUAAACCCACGGCUUUGUUAAUGGGGGAAAUGCCUUUCACCAUAGUGUGUGUAACCGCACCUAUAGUCCGCUUUCAAUUCUUGAGGAGUUUUAUUUGUACAUAUUUUUCAGAAACUAUUGUGUUCGAUCGGGUGGGGCUGCAGAUAGAGGAAAUAAAGAAUGACUCAGCGAUGUUAAUGUUGUUGUUACAAUUUUCUUAUAGAUGUUUCUGACGAAGAAGCGCAAAUAAGCAAUAGAUCCAAAAGAAAGGUGUCUUUUUACGCUCCUUCGCUUUCUAAGAGAAUAAAGGGUGCAGGUAUCAGUUAUUUUUUUAUUAUUUUAUUUUUUUAAUCAGUAUUUAUCCAGGGGCAUCCAAUUUAGCAGAGCUAGUUUAAAUGGAGUCCUGACAAAACACAAAAAAAGACAUUAAAACAUUAAAACUAGACAAUUAACUAAGUUACAAAGGCAACAUGUAGCGCGGGCGUUACUGUUUGAAAUGGCGCUUUAGCUUUUUGAUACUAAGUUCACUGAGGGUCUCUACUUGUGUAAUGAUUCUCGGUAGGGUGUUGUAGGCCCGAGCACCGUUUGUUUUGAAGCCACCUUGGUAUUUACUAGUUUUUUAUGUUACAAUUAAUAAUGAUGCUUAAAUUUUAGCUCCUUAAUUGAGAAGUUGUAGGGCUUUAAAUCAUAGAUAAGAUAGAGCAUAUCGUAAAAGACUCUAAAGCAGAGAAACAAGAAAAAAAACCUGUGUAAAGUCUUAUUCUCUUUGGAUUUAUCAGCCUCAGAAAUGUCCAAAACAGAAGUUACCCGGGUGGGGUACUUCGUAUAAUGGCCUAUACGGGAACGCUCCGCCCUAAAUGGGUACCUUUUUUGUGCUUCAGGUAUAUGCAUUUUAUGGCUGUGGAAAAGUCGAUAAAGUUUUCUGUUGUUGUGGUUUAUUCAUAUUUUAAAGGACAGUGUAUUGACAGCAAUUUACAGGGAUACAAAUAUCUACAAAAGGUAUGUGAAAGGGAUACCAUUUGUCAAUAGAAGGAAUACGAAAGGAGUACCUUUACUGCUGAAAGUAGUAUAUAAAAGAGUAAGGGUUUGGACAUCGGGGCGGAGCCUCCCCGUAUAAAGCUCUGUUGAGUACCCCCCUCGCCAAGCUAUCAAAGGUUAUAACUGAUAUUGUUCUUUUUCAUUAACAGGACUGCCUUUUCUUCGACAAAUUGAACUGGAAUCCAAGGAAGGGACUAGCAAACCUGAGUUGCCGGUGAAUUUCAGGAACAAAACGACGGAAAAAGGCUUUGUGAUUUCUAACAAUCAAGGGGAGGGGAACUGUAUGUUUUUUGCACUUUCGGAACAGCUCGGCCUUAGAAAAGGAACUGAAAUCUCACAUGGACAGUUACGGAAAACAGUGGUCCAAUAUCUCAAGGAAAACCCUGCGCUGGUAAGUUAAUUGUUGCCAGUAACUUAAUCAUUCUGCUUUGGCCUAGGUCGAAGACUCAACGGUCAUUCAAGUUUGCUAAUCCUUGGCGAAGAUUUAAUAUCUUUUUGGGUAUUGACAGUCUAUUCAUUAAAAUUCCUUUCAUUUUCUUUGAAUGCUGGCAUAUCAUUUGUAAAUAUCCUAAAUUUCUUGAAAGUUCCUAUGAAAAUACAGUGUGAGUUUUUUCUCGCUUACAUUUUCUAGAUACAUUGACUAUUGAAAAUUGAAACUGUAGCACGCGAGCACGCUUUCUAAUGUAGGUUCUUAAGCGGAGAAAGCGAGAUACGAACAAGCUCGCGAAAAUAGAUCUUAUUCUCGAUGCGGCCUAGGAUACCGCAGUCUUCACACGCGCUUUAGGAUGGAUGGGAUAACAGCAAUUCUUACGUGGUAUUCCAGGGGACAAACAAGUGAUAAAAUUUGUCAAUACCUCAGGUGGAACUCGACCGGUAUUUGGGUAUAGUUGAGCCUCUGAAGGUUUGAAACCUUGACUCUGUUUAGGGAAAAAAAUCCUAAAAUACAUACCCUGCAUGGGAAAACAACCUCAACUUUAUUACCUUGUUUAGGGCAGUGCACGCCGUCUUGUUUUAAAGGCCAUUGGCAAUUUCAAGAGAGCAAAUUCAUGUUAUAGUCAUUGUUUUUGUGUACUUGGAGUAGAAACAAUUUUCAUCAAGCAAAUGAAAUCAACCGUGGAGGCAAUACCCUGUUUAUAGAGAGAUUAAGAUUCACGUUUACGGCAAAUGUGAAUUUGUACCACGUGACCAAGUUUUUCCCUCAAUUGUCGUUAACUGUUUAUCACUUCAACUAAAAAAUAAGUAGUUUGAAGCCAGUUUUAUACAUAAGAAUUGUUCUGGACAGUUUUCAUCUGCUUAUUUCUAUUCUGAGAAAUUCUCAACUUGAAUCUGACGUUUGCCGUUUGGCGUAAAAGUGAAUCUUAAACUCUCUUACAAUUAGAACAGACUCACUCGAGAUUAUACACCCUGUUUAGGACAGAGGGGCGAAAGCCAUACCCUGUCCAACGACACAUCAACGUAUGGGCCAUACCAGGGAUUACAAUCCCUGGGGCCAAACCGGGUAACCGCGGUCGAGUUGGUUUGUUCUCUCAAAAAGAGACGGUUUUAGCCUUACAAAAUGGAGUUUCGACAAGGCAAGUAACAUUAGUAUUGCUUGCUGCCAGGACAUCUAUACGGUCGCUACUUCAUCCAGGAGAAAAAAAGGCAAUAAUGAACACUUUCACUCAAAAUUUGCUAUUAUCGUCUUUAAGGUAAGCAGUUUUUCCUUUUCUGUUGUCUAGAAUGAACAAACUCGACCGCGAUUUCUUGCAUUGUCAGCUUUCGUCGCUUGCUUGCCCCCUGCGAAACCACGUGACAUUGCUGUUGAAAAUAAUAGCACUUUGACAUUCAUUGAUCAAAAUGGCAGACUCAAAAAAACACUUAAUUAAUAUACCUACAUUAUCAUAUUUUAGUGACGAGCAAAACGUAAAGUUUUUGCUGUAGCUCUGAGAGUCCUUCUUCAUUACUUCCUAUAGAAAUCAAUUUUGUCGAUGAAAACAAAAAUAUGGAUAAACUUCCAGUCUCGUUACCUUGAUCCCCGAUGCGGAAACCAAGGUCUCUGCAACUAGCCUUGCCCGCCUUCUCAUGUGAACCGCACAACUUCUAUCGCGUCACUACUAUUUCAUUUCAUUAAGCGGUAAGCCAGCUAAGAUUUUAACUAACUACCGCUGACACCGCUGUGUUGGCUAUUUACUAACUACAGAUUUUUCUCUCACAGCCGGAUGGGACAGAGCUCUUCAAUUUUGUUAACGGAUAUUCAUCUUGGGAUGCUUACCUCACGAGCAUGAUGACAGAUGGUACAUGGGGUGAUCACGUGAUUCUACAUGGUGCAGCAAACUACUUUAAAACAUGCAUUCAAGUGGUCAGCAGUCAUCACCUUGACGUAAUGAUCUGCCCAGAGUUUGAUGUUACUGGUAGUAAACGACUUGUGCUGGGUCACGUUCAUGAGCUUCACUAUGUCAGCCUCAUUCCAUGUAAAGGAGGUAUUUAAGGCGUUUGAUUUUACCUUCGGUAACGACCAACAACAACAGUCGAAUUAUAAUAUGCUUAUCAGAAAAGCCGAUAUGGCGGUUAUUUAACUAAACACUUGAACGAACAUUUAAUAGAAAAUAGCUCAUGUCGCUUUUCUUUUCGGCCAUUAAAAAGUUUGCGGUUUGUUUCACCGCUUUAUUCGAUAAAUAUCAGUUUUUCCCAUACAAAUUUGCACAUUGUGUAACAAGCAACGCAUACAACUUAGCCUGUUUACUGUUAAAUCGUAUUUAUUCGAUUCAUAACUCUGUCAAUUUAGAAAUCUCUAUUUUUAUCUCCGUAGAAACUGCAAGAUACCAACCAGAGGUCACUGUUACUCUCCUUGAAAAUAAGGACCUUCCUAAAAUGUCAUUGCCUUGGAAUGAUGGUUUACUCCCAGUUGACAUGUUGUUACUUACUGUAGAGGACUGUGAAUUUCUGAGUUGCCUUUCGUAUUUGAAUUACAGUCUCUGUAAAAGCUACUGCAAAGAACUUGGUUACGUAUACUUCGGGGAAAUGGGAGAAGGUGAAAUAAAACUACGAACUGCUGUAAUGAAGUGCUACAGGGGUUCAAUCACUGCUGGGGGCUCUACCGUUUCUGUAUUGUCAGCUGUCAGAAUCUUGAGGCCUAAAGCCGUGUUUCUAGUGGGUGUCUGCUACAGCUUAAAAUCAUGUGAAGUCAAACGAGGAGACGUUGUUAUUUCAGAGAAGUUAAUAACCUGUGUUCCAUCCAGUGAGGAAUUCGGAGACAAAGUUCCUUUGAAAUCACUUUUUUUAAGGCUGAUCCCUAAUGCUGGAGAUGGUUGGGAAGCGCCUUUGAAAGAUCCCAGAGCACUUGAAGUGAAAAUACAUCGUGGCGAUUUUCUGAGUGUUCCAGGGGUGAUUGAUAACAACGAAUGCUGCGAGACACUCAUCAAGCGAUUUCCACAAGCAGUUGCCAUGGAAUUAGAAGGACAAGGUAAGCAUAGUCACACAGAUAUCACAUAGCCUACCUAACAGCCGUUACCUGAAAAAUCAAAGACAGGAUGUUUGGGUUACUUUUUCUGCAAUCGGACCAGCGCUCAGAGUCCAUUGAGUUACAAUAACUGAACAAAGAUUCUACCAUUGCCCUGUUAACGUGUAAAUCUUCAAUUGGCUCAGAUAGCUUCAUUUAAUAAUGGUGACGUUUUCUUUGGCGAGCAUAAACCAACUUCCUCUACAACUUCCUCUAAAGACCUUGACACUUCAAAAGGCAUUUAGUUAAAUUUUUAAUUCGUCUUUUUUUUCUCUUUCCUAGUUAAUGUUUUAAUUAGCAGCUGCUAUUCCAUAUUAAUCUCCAUUCAACGCUAACGAAAACUUUUCCUAGUUUAGCUUUAAAAUAAAUAAAUAAAUAAAUGACACAUCGAAACGAAUUAAAACAAAACCAGCUUCUUGUUAACCACGUCUCUAAAUUUGCAUGUCUAGCCCUCUCCCUAUGUAAGAGAACCCGGAUUCCGGAAUCGGGGAAAUGUUUGCCUUUAAUUUGGAAACGUGAAUCCUAGGCUGUCUUGGAUUCGUUUACUAGUCUAUUUGGUAAUAAGAUUAUUUCAUUCGAAUCUAUUGUAGGUCUACAUGCAGCAACUCACGACUUGGACAUUCCCUGGAUUAUAAUUAAAGGCAUUUCAGACUACAAAGAUGGCGGAAAAUCCGGUACAGAUUGCUGGAAAAAGUUCGCGAGUUUAAUGGCCGCCUCUCUCACCGUUCAUAUCCUCAGUGAUCCGAUGGUUUUUCGGAACUGGCCCCACUAUACUGAGACAAGUGAGUACUACAACAAACUACCCGCGACUGGAAUAUGUCACUUGUUUUUACCCCCUCAAUUUGUCAGUGCAAACUGAGGAACGUUGAAUAAAUCUGUUUAACUGAUUACCUGGUCAAAUAAAUAAAUAAAUAAAUAAAUAAAUAAAUAAAUAAAUAAAUAAAUAAAUAAAUAAAUACAUAAAUAAAUAAAUAAAUAAAUAAAUAAAUAAAUAAAUAAAUAAAUAAAUAAAUAAAUAAAUAAAACAAAACGGAACAAAAACAAAACAAAAUAUAAAAAGAAGAAGAAGAAAAAUUGUACACCAAUGAUUCUUGUACAAGACUGUACACAUUACCUAUGAUAAGGGCCUGGCGUGGGUUCUCUCGGAGGAUUGAACUUUAGCAGUUAGGGAAAUGGUUAUCCUGGCGCACUCUUCGAAUUACCAGAAAUGCAUUAAAAAAACUAAUAAAAUCCCAGAUUAUGCAAGGGAAUACAGAAAUGAAUAUCUUUUUAUAAGAGGGAUUAAUAAGACAUGUGAAAAAUUUAUUAAGACAUUAGAUUUAGAAGGAGAAAUAUUUAAAAGUCCACAAGCUGAUAGUCUUAUGAGAAACUUUAAUAGAUUUUUAAAAGCCCAAGAAUUAGGUUAUCUUAAUGAUAUUAGUAAAAUAUCUUUAAAAUAUAAAGAUAUUAAAUCAAUAGAGAGUUUAGAAUUACAAUUAGAUGAUUAUAGGAGUUUAUAUCAUGGUGAGUAUAGUUAUGAGUUUGAUGAGGAAAAGUAUGAUAAUAAUGUGGAAAAUGUUUAUCCAGGUUUUAAAAAGUUUUCUGAAUGUUUUAGUCGAUUUCAGGAAAAAUUAAAUGUAGAUUAUAAUAGUGAAGAAGAAUAUUAUAAAUCAAAAAUUUUUGAUAGUGAUAGUGAUGAUGAGAUUUAUUAUAAUAUUAUUUUGAGCGAUAGUGAUAGUGAUUAAUUAUAGCUUAAAGUCUUAUAAUCUAAUUAUAAGAUUAUAAGACGUCAUGUCUAACCAACCAAAUGAUGGUUUUCAGGGUUCUCAACCCUUUAUAAGAGAUAAAGAGUAUAAGAGUUUAUCUUUGGAUCAAUUAAGAUAUAUAUUAAACCAGAAGAAACAAGGAGAGAAAGAAAAAAUAAUUCGUGAUAUAAGAAAAAUAGACAAACUUAAUGAAAAAGUAAAACAAGGUAUAUAUAUAAAAAAAGAAAGGAAAAAACCUAAACCCAAACCCAAAAAGGUGGGUCCUCCUAAAAUGAAAAAGAUAAAAUCAUUUGAUGAGUAUUUUUAGGAAUGUAUAGAAAAUAAAGAAUUUCCCGAAGAUACUCCUUAUUUUCGUGAAGCUCUUGAGAGAGCUAUUAAGGAAUAUCAACAAGGACUUGUAAAAGAAAAAUCAGCUUUUGAAAACUUUGCUGUUAAGUAUAUCUUUAAAGGAGAACCUGGUCUUACUCCAAUUGAAUAUUUUAAUAAAGUUUAUAAAACUUUAGAAGAUUUUUUUACAUAUCAUCGUAAUAUUAAAUUUAGUAUGGUUUUGGUAUGUUUAAUGGAACAACAAAUACUUAGUAAAGAUGAGGGAGUUGUUGGAUUAAAACAAGAUAAGGUAUACUUUAGAUCAGAAACACAUAUUAAUCUUAAAUCGACAGAUGUAGAGAAAUUAAUUGAUAAAUGUGUUAAGAAAAUUAUUGAAGAUUUAGAGGCAUUUCAAAGAAAUGGAAGUGGAUGGUAUUUUAAUGAAGUGGUUCAACUUGAAAUUCAUACUGUUGAGUUUAAUCCAACGAAGGGAUCAUCUUACAUUCCUCUUCCAGAUUGGAUAUCAAAUAAAAAAGCAAUAGUUAAUAUUCAAAACAAAGAUGAGAAAUGUUUUCUUUGGUGUAUACUUAGGUAUCUUUAUCCAAGAGAAGAUAAUGAUUACCGAUUAACAGAUAUAAAGAAGUAUGAGUUUUCACUUAACACCGAAGGAAUUGAUUUUCCUAUGAAAUUAAAACAUAUUUCCAAAUUUGAAAAACUUAAUCCUACUAUUCCAGGAAUUAAUGUUUUUUCAGUUAAUGAAAACAAAAAGUUUUAUCCUUUGAGGAUGGCGGAAAAAGAUUGUUUAAAUACUAUUGAUUGGUUUUUAUAUGAAGAAGAUGGUGUUUCACAUUAUUCACUAAUUAAAAACUUUACUCGUUUGGUUAAGACGCAUAAAACUUCAACUAAGAAUGGUACAAUAUUUAUUUGUAAGAAAUGCGUCACUCAUUACACUAAGUAUGAAUUAUUACAAAAACAUAUCUUAUAUUGUUCAAAUAAUGAAACAGUUUCUGUGAAAAUGCCACCACAAAACACAAUGUUAGGUUUUAAAAACUAUCACAAACAACUUCCAAUUCCUUUUGUAGUUUAUGCUGAUUUUGAAUGUUUUACUAAGCCAAUUAAUACUUGCAGUCCUAAUCCAGAAAAAUCAUAUAAUUACAAUUACCAAAAGCAUGAACCAUCAGGAUUUUGUUUUUACAUCAAAGGAAUAGUUCCUGGUAUAAAAUUUGAACCAAUUAUUUACACAAAAACAAAAGACAGUGAUGAUAUUUCUAAAAUAUUUGUUAAUAAACUUGCAAAAGUAACUAAUAAGAUAUAUAAUGAUUUUUGUCGUCGUCCAAUACCUCUUAAAUUAACAAAACAAGAACAAAUAUCCUUUGAUAAAGCAGAAAUUUGUCAUAUUUGUAGGAAAGAAUUACUAACUGAUAAAGGAGUUGACAAAGUUAGAGAUCAUUGUCAUUUUACUGGUAAAUACCGUGGAGCUGCUCAUAACAGUUGCAAUCUUCAGUGUAGGAAGCCAAUGAUUCUUCCAGUUAUAUUUCACAAUCUUCAAGGGUAUGAUGCACAUUUGUUUAUAAAGCAACUUGCUUGUUUACCAGGUGAGUUAAACUGUAUUCCCUCGACAGAAGAAAAGUAUAUUUCGUUUUCCAAAAAGAUUAAGUUUGAUGAGAAUAAAUCUAGAAGCACUGGAGAAAUGAUUUCAUUGUAUUUUGAAAUACGAUUUAUUGAUUCAUUCAAGUUUCUUCAAACAUCCGUAGCUAAUCUUGUUGGUAAUUUACAAGCAGAUGAUUUUUAUAAUACAAAAGAAAUAUUUAGUGAAAAUGUAGAGUUAUUAACUCGUAAAGGUGUUUAUCCAUAUGAUUAUGUUUCCUCAAAUGAAAAACCAUCUGAAACACAAUUACCUCCUAAAGAAGAAUUCUAUUCAAAACUAAAUGAUGAAGACAUAAGUGAUGAUGAUUAUAAACACGCUAUUAAUGUCUGGAAUACUUUCAAAUGUAAAACAAUUAGAGAUUAUCACGAUCUUUUUCUAAAGUCUGAUGUCCUACUUCUGUCAGAUGUAUUUGAGAACUUUAGAAAAACUUGUCUCCACCAUUACAAUCUAGAUCCAGCGCAUUACUAUACAUCCCCUGGGCUAGCUUGGGAUGCAUGUCUCAAAGAAACAGGUCAAGAAUUACAGUUACUACAUGAUUAUGAUAUGUUGAUGAUGUUUGAGCGAGGGAUAAGAGGUGGAAUAUCACAGAUAUAAAAAAGAUAUGCAGAAGCUAAUAAUAAAUACAUGAAAGAUUACGAUCCUGAUGAGGAGUCUACUUAUAUUCAAUAUCUUGAUGCAAACAAUCUUUACGGAUGGGCAAUGUCACAAUCACUUCCAACACAUGGAUUUAAAUGGAUGAAAAACAUAACAAAAGAAACCGUAAUGGAUAUUCUGGAGAAAGCAAAUCAUAGUAUGUCAAAUCUUGGAAGAAAAGGAUCUAUAUUUGAAGUAGAUUUGGAAUAUCCCCAUAAACUACGGAAAUCACAUAAUGACUAUCCUCUAGCACCUGAAAAAAUGAUUGUUAAUGGUGUUGAAAAACUAAUUUGUCAUUUUAAACCCAGAAAAAACUACGUUGUACAUUAUCGAAAUUUGAGGCAAUAUCUUGAGAUGGGAAUGAAAAUAACUGCAGUUCAUAGGAGUGUAACAUUCUAUCAAAGUUCUUGGAUGGAGCCUUACAUAAGAAAGAAUACUGAACUUAGAAAAACAGCAGCUAGCAGUUUUGAGAAAGACUUUUUUAAGUUAAUGAAUAAUUCCGUAUUUGGAAAAACAAUAGAAAACAUAAGGAAAAGACAAAAUAUAUUUCUUGUGGAUGAUCGUAAAAAAGCCUCAAAACUAACAAGUCGUCCAAACUUUGACAGGGCAACAAUAUUUGAUAAAAAUCUUAUUGCAGUUAACAUGAAAAAAACUGAAGUGUACUUUAACAAACCAGUAUAUGUUGGUCAAGCAAUUCUAGAUCUGUCAAAAACAUUAAUGUUCAAUUUUCAUUACAACUAUAUUCAAAGGAAAUAUAAAGAUAGGGCUGAGUUAUUGUUUACAGAUACCGACUCGUUAAUGUAUCAGAUUCAUACAGAUGAUUUUUAUAAAGAUAUAUCCUAUGAUAUAGAAAACAAGUUUGACACAUCUGAUUAUCCUCCUAACCAUCCAUCUGGAAUACUGACAGGGGUUAAUAAAAAAGUAAUAGGAAUGUUUAAAGAUGAAGUAGCAGGAAAACAAAUUACUUAUUUUGUUGGAUUGCGACCCAAACUUUAUAGUUUUAAAAUAGAAGAAACUAAAGAAGUUCGUAAAUGUAAAGGUAUAAAGAAAAAUGUUGUAAAAAAGGCAAUAGAAUUUGAAGACUAUGUACAGUGUUUAUUUUUUGGUGAAAAGCAAAUAGUGAGAUCUAUGAAAAUUAUAAGAAGUGAAAAUCAUGAUAUAUAUUCAAAAGAAGUAAAUAAAAUAGCUUUGAGUAAUGAAGAUGAUAAACGCAUUGUGAUGGGGGGGUAAAGUGAAUACGAUGGCUUUAAGAUAAUAAGAUAUAAAUAAUAAAUGACUUACACAAAAGAAGAGAUAGAAAAAUAUUUGGAAAUAUUAAGAAGUUACAAUAACACCCAAUCAAAAGUGGAAUCAGGCGUUUGUAAAAAAAGUUAGAUGUAGUAAUUGUCAAAGCAAUAGUUUUACUAUUGAAUCAGGUUAUAACAUUUGUGAUUCUUGUGGGACAACUAAAGGUCAUGUUCUUGGUUAUUUUGACUUAAAAGAGUACGAUCGAUUUCAUUUUCGAAAGAAGAGUAUUUAUCAGAGGAAGUAUCACUAUGAGAAAAAGGUUGAUCAAGUCUCUAAAAGAUUACAUCUGACUGAGGAUGAAAAGUGUGAAUUGUACAAUAAACUAAUGGUAAUAGACAAUCACGUCAUGGAAAUACAAAACAAAAAACACUGUAGAAAGAGAAUGAUAAACAUUUUCUACUUGAUCAAGAAGACUCUUCAAGAAAUGGGGUGUGAAAAGUACAAACUAGUUUAUCUUAAGAUUUCUCCCCAAACUUUGGAGAAUUAUGAAAAGUGGUGGGAUAGUUACAAAUCACUCCUUUGUGAAAGCACCAGUAAACAAUUCCAGUUAGAUAACCAAGUACUUCACACUCUUUAAAUGGUGAGUUAACAACGUAAACACACCCUCGUCCAAUUCUAUAGUUUUUCCAAAAAGCUUUGAAAGCUAGACUGAAAAUCAGAUGAUUGUUUAGUGUGGGUGAGUUUGAUCUGAGGGAGUGUCUAGCGUCUGACAACCUAUAAAUAAUUUGGUUUAUAUCCAGUUUUUUGUGUAAAAUACUUUGCAUAGAGAAACUGAUAAACAAGACAAGCUUUAAUAAAGUUAUCACAGUAAAACUGUGUUUUAUAUGUGGGAAAGUAGAAAUUUACAUAUUCUACAAUUGUACUAAUCAUUUUCUACUUAUGUGUAGAUAGAAAAUGUCUUAAAAGAUAUAUGAAUAUAAUAUAAAUGGAGGAACAAUUAAGAGAGUGUAUUCUUUCUGGAAAUACAGAUGAAAAACAGUUUUUUAUUGGAAAUAAAGUAAUUACAGUUAAUCCAAAAAAAAAACACAAGAGCAAAUAGAAAAGGAAAUAGAAGAAGAAAUCCAAAGUGUGAUAAAUGAAGAAAACUAUAUGAAAAUUUUUCUUGAUAAUAUGAAUGAAAGAAGUGGUGUAACAACGUAUUGUCUCUUAAUGUUUAUUAGUUAUCUUUUAAACCUUAAAAGAUUAGUAGAAGAAAGAGGAUUUGAAAGACAUAAAGAUCAAGUAGAUAACUGUUUUGACAUGGUAUAUAAGAUUCUUAGUCAUCUUCGUAAUAUGCAAAGAAGAAAUAUACUUAAAACAGAUCGUGAUUUGUCUAUAAUAAAUGAGAAUUUAGAAAAAAUUUUGAAAAUUAACAGAGAAGAAUUAGAAGAUGAACCAAUGUAUAAUAUUAUGAGUUACAUUUUGUUAGAUUUGAAAGAUAAUGAAUUCACAUUUGACUAUGUAGAUAGAAUAGAUGAUUUUUACCAUCGUGUAAAAGAUAAGGAAAUAGAGAUGCUUGAAAUUGAUUAAAAAGGGCUUAAAGAGAUAAAAGUAAAAUAUAAAUGGCAAACAUGCUAGAGAAAAAGUUUACAAAUGAAGAAUUAGGAUUUGAGCUAACAUCAUUUAUUGACAAACAGCAAAAUGUUUGGUUUAUAGGCAAAGAUGUUGCUCAGAUACUUGGUUAUAGUAAUGUAAGAAAAGCUAUCUGGAAUCAUGUUGAUAGUGAGGAUAAACAGUUGAUUUGUUGGCGUACCCAAAAUGGGGACGUCAACAAUAACCAACCGCGUGAAACACGAGGUCAGCAAAAUGACACUAGAGGAAAACACUACACAUUUAUUAAUGAAUCAGGUUUCUACUCCCUUUUAUUGUCCUCAAAAUUAGAAACUGCUAAAAAGUUCAAACACUGGGUUACCUCACAAGUUCUCCCAUCUAUAAGAAAAUUUGGUUAUUACAAAGUUUUUGACAAUCCAAAUAAUAAAAUGUUCAAAAUAGAAAAUGAGAUGGACCUCCACUGUAAAGUUGUUGAACUAAUUAGAAAUUUUUAUCCAAAUGCUAUUAUAGUACCAGGACUUGGGGAAAACCAAGAUACACCAGAUAAAAGAAUUAACAGUUGGAAAAAAGGCUAUAUGCGAGGCCAACCAGAUUUAAUGAUUCUUGAUUAUCAUAAAGACUAUAAAGGUCUUUGUAUUGAAUUUAAAUCACCAACUAAUAAUUACUGUGUCUCAGAAGCUCAAAUGAAGAUGAAGGAAAAGUACCGUGAUAAUAAUUAUGCAUUUAUACUUAGUAAUGAUUACGAUAAAAUAAGUAAGCUAAUACAUAAAUUUAUGGUCGGUGUUCGUAUUCAUUGUAAAUAUUGCACAAGACCAUUCCGUAAUAAAGAAAAACUAGAAAUACAUUAUAAGGUAAUUCAUAGAAUUGAGAAAAACGUCUAAUUUCUAAAUAAUUAUUAUUUGGAAAUAAAAUGGCAUACAAACAUGUUAGAGAAUAUUUGGUUUAGAGGAAAGGAUGUUGCUAAGAUCCUAGGUUAUAUAUUAGUUAUUAUUUAAUCUUUAAGCCAUUUAUUUUAAUUUUUUAUAACAGAUGACAUGAGCUAAGUAUUUUAAACAUUUUUCUUUUAAUUGUUCAUCAUUAAUAUCUUUUUUAGACUUAAAACAUUCACAAUAACAAAUAGCUUUUUUCCUCAUUAAAUAUAAAUCAUCUGGAAGUUUAGAAUCAAUUUCUUUACAAAUCUCAUCUCCAAUUAAAGCUAGAGCCAUUUCAUAUCUAACAAUCAUAUCUUUUUUCAAUUUAUUUAACUCUUCCAUUUUAUUAUGUGCUUAUACUAAAUUUUUUAUUAUACCUACUAGCAAAUCUAUCUGCUAUAGGAGUCUGAUCAAAUAUCAUUUCAUCUAUUAGUUUCAUUCUAUCAAUAAACUCUUGUUUAUUAAACUCAUCACCCCUAAGAGCUGCACGAAGUUCAACUAGUACUUUUUCAUAAGUAGUAAAUGCAAUCUUUGACAUUUCAAUUUUUCUCUUAUAAUUCUUUUUCUUUCCAAUUCCCGUCACGAUAACUCCAGCGACAUUUACAACUCCGAGAACAACAGUGUUUAAAGUUAUUCCACCAGCAAUAGUUCCUAUUGCCAUCAAGCAUAUUCCAGAAAUACUAAAAACAUCAUCAAGAAAUUUAUAACUCCUAUAAGACCUCUUAAAACACCAGUAUUUUUUGUGAUAGUGACUUAUAAAAGUCUUUGAGGGUUUUAACAUCUGAUUCUGACAGAGAUUUAUCAAUGUGAUUGAAUUCAAAGAUAUCCUUCAUUUAUAUUCACAUUAUAUAAGACCGAUUUAACUUUCCUUGAAGCAUUACUUUGUGAAAUUGCUCAGAGUCAAAGUCGUAAAAUUUUGGAAAAUACAUUAAUUUAUUUAACACUUCAUCUUCAGUUGUAAACUUCCAACGUUGAUUAACAUUGUAUUGAACGGCUGGUAUAGUUAAUGUUGCGCUGUAGUUACUUAUUUUAACUUUUGUGACAUUUGUAUCAAAAUUUUCUGUCAGCCAUAAAACAAUUAUUUUGCCAUUAAAACUACUUAGCAUGGUAAAAUUUUGAGUUGCUUUAUUGAUAAAGUUACUUUAUUGUUUGUUUUAUCAUAAUUUAAUUUUAUUAGUAUGUUAUUGUUUGUUGAUAAAUAUUUAGUUAGGGUAAAACUCCUAUUUCUCCAAUGACUAAAAACAAUACAUAAAGUAGAUUUCGAAGAAUGUGAAGGAGAAAAAGUAACAUCAUAACCAUUAACAUUUAAGCCAUCUUUUUUCAUUUCACCUAGGUCUUUAUUAGGUGGUAGUCUAAUAUUAGGCUUUACAGAAUUAAUAAUAACUCCAGAUGGACCUAUAUUUAUUCCAUAACUAUCCGCAUUAGCAAAGUCAUAGACCUCACUAAAGUAUAAUCUGUACAAAGCAUUUUUAGUAAAAGGAGCUACUUCUUUUACUAAUGCAACUGUUGCAGCACUAUUAUCAUUUUGUCGGUCAAGUUUGAUAUUUUUAAUUAUUUUUUCGAUUUGCAUUUAUAUUAACAUUAUACACCACUUCUGUUGGUUUGAUAUCAAAUGUGGUGUGAUAGUCGUAAACUUUAUCUGGAUCGAUAUUGCUAACUGUACCUAUAAUUCCAUAGGCAAUUAUGUAAACUCCUAAAAACUGUCUCGGAUAUUUAUAAAUGUUAUAUCCUCCUUUUUUAAUAUCAACAAGAAUGUGAAGAAAGUAUCUAUUUCCAGAUGACAACUUCCGAAAAUUAACUAUUAUUCUAUGGUAGUACAUAAUUUUUGUUUGCCCUUUUGAAUCAGUGUAUCUAUGGGAUAGUUUUCUUAUACCUACAUUUCCAAUUGAUAAUCCCGUUGAAGUUCCUUUGUCAACACUUAUUUGAGACUUAUCCCAAAGAUUAUAAUCAGUGUUAAGUAUGUCUAGACAAAGGGUAUAGUCAGCAUUUGCAGUUAGUCGGUAAAAAUUAAUUCCCAUCUUAUACUUAUAUUGACCUUGACGAUUUUUAAUUAUAUUCAUGAAAAUUACUUUGUGGUUGUAAUCGUGAAAGUUACCUUUUGAAGGUGGUAAGUCUCCUAUCUUAUUUAUCAAAAAACUAAAUCCACCAUCUAUUUCAUCAGUCCAUUGAGACCCACUUGACAUGAGAUAACUAAACUCGUCUUUAUAAUGGCUUGGUUGAACUGCAGUAUUAUGAACUAGUUUGUCGGUGUAAUCUUUGGUUACCGCAUCACUGUUAUGUAGUGGAUUACUCAUAUUUAUUAUUUUAUUACCACCAAGAUUAAGUUCUCCAGUCAUAGCGACGGAACCAUCUUUUUCCAAAUAAUCACUUAAAUCCGGACUUCCAGUAUUAUCAUCAACAUACUUUUUGGUUGCAGCAUCUGUGUUUAACAUUGGAGUUGCGAGACCAACUAUUUUAUUAUUACCAACAUUAAAGUUUCCAGUCAUAGCAACUGUAUCAUCUUUUUCCAAAUAAUCACUUAAAUCUGGGGCAGCUGUGUUAUCAUCAACAUAUUUCUUUGUUGCAGCAUCUGUGUUUGAUGUUGGAGUUCCUAGACCAAUUAUUUUUUUGUUUCCAAGAUUUAGGUUAUUAGUCAUUGAUACACUUCCAUCAUUUUUUAUAAAAGAACUAGUAUCAGGUAUUGAGUCAUCCACAUACUUUUUGGUUGCAGCAUCUGUGGGGUUUGUUGGUUGUUUUAAAUAAAUUAUACUUUUGUUGUCCAUGUUUAGAUUAUAAGUCAUUUUAUUUGUUCCAGCAAUGUGAAGAUAUCUUGAUUCAGUAAAAGCUAAUGGUGUUGGUUGUUGGUUAUCUGUUGGAGUUGGUAGAUGAUAUAUUCGAUUUUUGUUCAUGUCCAGAUUUCCAGUCAUUGGGUGAGAGCCAUUUCUAUAAAGAAAACGUAUAUCCGCGUAUUGUUUUGUGGCUGCAUCAUCUGCGUCUGAUGGUUCUUUAAGAUUAGUAAUACGGAAGCGGUCCUUCAUAUCAAUGUCGGAAUCAACUGUCAAUCGUGUUGUUGUGGGUGAAUUAUCAUCAACAUACUUCUUUGUAGCAGCAUCAGUAUUAGAAUUAGGUGCACCAACAUUUGUGAGUCUUUUUUUAUUCAUAUCAUAAUUACCAUCUGUGGUUAGACUAAAUCCAACUCCUGGAGCACCCUGAAUUCCCUUAGCAAAGGGAUGAUUUAAAGAUUGCUCGUUAAAUAUACCCAUUUUAUUUAUUAGUUAUAUAUUACCAAUAAAGUUUUUUGCAAUACGUUUUUUUGGUUUAUCAACAUAUAAAAAUGAAUACGGUUUUCUUGUUGCUGAUUUAUAAUCUUCUUUGUUAACCCCCAACUCAGAUGAUAUUCUGUUGGAUUUCCUCGAUGAUGGAAAUUCGUACAAGCAGUAGUGAGAACAAUUCAGUCGAAUAUCUUUUGGUGUUUUAUUAAAUGAUUGACUGAGGUAGAUUACAGAGCAAUUCUUAUGUCGUCCUUGAAUGAAAUAAUCUAUUAACUGUCUCUGGUUUUUAUCACAUACAUAGUCAUCAAAUAUAACAAGUUUUUGGUUGUCUUCAUAAUCCAUUUCUGACACUGGGUUUAUUUCAUCAUUACUCAAAUGAAGUAUUUCAUAUCCAACUUUAGAACUCAGUUCUCUCAUUUUUUGCAUUAGCUUUUUGUAUUUAUCCUGCUCUAAAUUACGCGCAUAAAGAUAAAUCUCAUCGAAGUACAACAGUGGUUUAAUUAACAUGUGGUACAACUGAGUAGUCUUACCACUUCCACUGUUUCCACAGAUUAACAUCCGAAAUGUGUGUGAUGGCAUGAAGGGAAAUAACUGUUUAUAUUUUUUAUCUGGGUUGUCACCACUAUCAUAAUUUGGUAUUUCCAUUUAUCUAAUAUGUACAUUAAAUAAAAUGGACAUCCAAGAAGCCGAAAAAUUUUCAAGAAAUAAAAUUGAAGCUGAUGCUUUGACUCAACAGGUGAGAGAUGUAAUGAAAAUAACAAAAUGGGAAAAACAAGAUGCUCGGGAAGGUUUUAAAGAGACAUUUAAACCACCUAUUAAAUCUCAAGAGAGUAUUAAAAAAGUAUUGAUGACCAGCAAGAUGCAACUAUAGCACAACUUAAAAAAAAUCAACUUGCUCUUACUCAAGGUUUUCAUCAGUUCAACCGAUUAGCUGAUAUGAGAGAAUUACCAUAUGACAAUGAAGAAGGUUGGGAUAGAAAUUGGUUAGCAGAACCCAAACCUUCAGAUGAUGUUGGAAUGUUAAAUUUAGAAAAAAACUUUGAAGGCAGAGAUCUAGAGUUAUUAAAAGAAUUUGGUUACCCAAGACCAAAUGAUUUUUUUGAAAUUAAUCUUAAAGUUUUAGAUCUAAAUUUAGAACAAUUAAAAGAUAGUAUAAAACAACUAAAUGGUGAAAUUAGUGGUAGAAAGAAAGCUAAAAAUCCAUCUCCAUUAUAUGAAGCUGAAACUGAAAUUAAAAAAAUACAAAAAGGAACACUAAUGAAAUAUAGAAAUACUAUGAAAGAUUACUUAAGAUCGCUUAAAUAUAAGGUAGGGGAAGGAAUGAUUUACUUUAACAACCCACAUCAACUUCUAGACAGACUUGAAUUACUCGGUGGUUCAAUUCUUGCUGGGAAUAAUGGUGUUAUACCUGAGUUUUCUCAAAUUGCACAUCUUCUCAACCAAAUGAAAGUGAUCACAAAAAAACAACUUAAUGAUUUACUAAAAAACUAUAUAACAAUUAAAUAAAAAUGGAAGAACGAGCUAUCCACAUUUCCUCCAUAAACAGGGAAAAAAGAGGAACAAGCAGACCUGGUGAUUUUACUAUUAAGUUUAAUCCAUCUCUGAAACUUAACCCUGAAAAAUCCCACCAACUUGCUCUUGAUCGGCUGUCCAUGACUUACUCUUGGUACAACAUUAGAAGUGAUUAUGGAAACAAUAAAAUAAAAUAUACUCAUGAUGGAUCCACCUGGCAAACAAUUACUUUUACAAAUGGAAUGUAUUCCUACUCAGAUAUUAAUGAUUACAUUCAUCAAUACAUGUCUCAAAAAAACCAUCACUCAACAGACUCAAGUGGAAAAAGGAAGUAUUCAAUCAAUCUAACUUUUAUUCUAUCUACCUAUCGAGUACUCAUAACACUUGAUGGUGAUUAUCAACUUGAUCCGAGAGGAACAGAAUUUGGAGACCUAAUUGGAUUUGAAAAGAAACUCGUUACUAAAACAGAGUAUGGAACAAAACUACCAAAUAUCACAAAUUCGAUUGAUGUAUUAAAUAUCAACACUACCGCAAUAACUGAUAGCAUUGUAAAUGGAAUAAGCACAAAUACCAUUGCUGUGAUACCAACUGAUAAUCUCACAAGGUCUUAUCCAUUUACGUUUGAACCUAAAAGACCAUUGUUUUGCCCAGCAUCUACAUUUCACAUUGAUGAAAUGAGAAUCUAUGUUACAGACUCACUUGGAAGACCAGUAAAUUUUAAUGGUAUUGAUUGGUUUAUGACUUUAAUACUUCAAUCGAUGUAAUACUUCGUAGUUAUAUAACUAUUAAAAUAAAAUGAUGAGGCAAUCAGAGUUUAAAAUGAAACUUAACCCUGAAUUGGGGAGAUAUACAAGACAACAUGUUUAUGGAGAAGGAAUGAUGGAUGUGUUUAAAUCGUUUGGUUCAAAAUUAUUUGGAAAAACAGUCAAAUCAGCUGUUAAAAAAGGAGCUAAAAAAGCGGUAACAGCAGCAGCAACAAAAACUGGUGAACAUGUUGGACAAAAAGGCUGGAGAUAAAAUAGUGCAAAUGUUAUCCAAAAGUAAUAAUAAACCAAAAGUUACUUUUAAUGAAAAUGUUGAAACAAUUCCAAACAAAACAAUGACUCAAAAAGAAAUAAAUAAAAGAGUGAAUGCCAUUCUUAGUGGUGGUAAAAUUACAUAAUUAUUAAAAUAAAAUGAAGUCUUUAAGAAAUCCAAAAUAUUUAGAAAGAUAUGAAGAUGUUGUUUUUGACCUUGAACAAGCUUUAGCCACACCUGGAAAUAAUGCUCAUCAAACUAAAACAGGUCAUAGAUUUGUUGCUGAUAACACAGGUGAGGCCACUCCAUUUGAUUGGUAUAAUGCGCGAUUUUCAGUAGAUUUCAAAGUUAAUCAGCUGGCUGCUGGCAUGGAGCUAAUUUAGAUGCUGAUGGCGACCAAAUGGGAAUAGUAAAUGGAAGUAGUUAUCUCAUAGAAAAGUUAUCUAUCCUAGCAAAUGGUAGAGAUGUUUACAGUUGUAACUACGCUAAUCACGGUGUAUGACAUUUGCAGACUGCAGACUGCAGACUGCAGACUGCAGACUACAGAUUGCAGAUUGUAAAUUAAAAAACAUCAAAAAUCUUCCUUAUAAAGGUGACACCAUCAAAAAUAUAACAUCGUGUGAAAGUGAGAAAGUAGCCUGGGAACAAGGUUGAUGUUUUUGCGCAAAGUUACAUUGGCCUUAUUUCCAAGAUGCUGUUGGCUAUUCUUCACCAACGCGACUCUUUAUUGACUCAUCCGGCAUAUCGAUAAUUGCGUUGAUUCUUUAUUCUUCUUAGAUUAUUGUGAAUUGAUAAUGACAAGUAGCAAUGCCCACUAAUGCCUGUGUAAAUAGCAGUCUUUUUUACAAAGGAGUUUAUGGAUUGCGAGCACUUCGUGCUCACUACAGUUACGUCGGCAAAAACAACUAGGAUAGAUCACGGACAUUUAACAAAUUUAAAUGAAGUAUUUCAUCUUAGCAGUAUUUAAGGAUAUGCUAAAUAAUCUAAACCCAACAGAUCCUACCUGGACUCGACGAAUUACCGGAAGUGCAUUUUGAAUUUCUAAAUACUAGGCAAAUCGACAAUGGCUUUUUUUAACAGGCCAACCAUUGCUCAUACUCAAAUCCUAGUACACAGGUGGGGCCCCCGUAGAAUAAGGAUUCCGGCGCUGUUUCACAAACAGACUUAUAUAACCAGAGUUUAGUUUCGUCUGUCGUGCAGGCUAAAUUGCUAGCCUGUUGCUAUGGAUUCAUGAACAAGUUUGUGACAUCGACAGACAUUAUUCUGCUCUAAUUCAAUACGAGAAGAACAGCCAACAACUCCUUCAGGAAUGAAGUCAGUGUAAUUUGCGUGAAAAAUAUAAAUUUCGCUUCUAGGCCUUGCAGGUACGUCUCGGAACAAGGUAAUGUUGAUGAUGAUGCCACCUUUAUCACGAUAUUUUUGGUUUCAUUCAAUUUACAGUCUUGCUGCAUGACGAGCUUUGAAGCGCGAAAAAAUAUUAUGCAAAUUAGCUGGCUGCACAUUCAAUGUGCAGCCAGCUAAUUUGCAUAAGUAAUUCAAAACCAAGGUCUGACAGCUCUAGGCUCUUGAGGUGUUAGCUGAAUACCCUAGGACUUCCGUAAAUUGCCCACAAAAGAGUAACUCAAGCUACCAUAAACUGAAAUGAAGGUAACGGCAAUAUUCGAUUAAAGCAAGGUUUAAAUCUUUUUCUGCUCGGCUAACCAUCUUCCGAGGCACUUACUAUUUUGGUAAUAAUAAAACGCCAUAAACAUUUUACAUUGCGCCUUUUUCAGUCUCGGGCAGUAAGUUAUAGUAUGAAAUGGAGGUAAACUCAAAAAUUCAGUUUUGUGACUACCCUGCAACUUUGAAACUAUUUAAGCCGCUACCUAAAAGGCUGGGAAAAUGUUUUUCGUAAAAUUCGUAAAAGUAGCUCCUUAUACUCUAAUUUAACAUUACCAAAUUUAACAAACGCGGUAACUACUUUAUGGUCCUGUAUCAGUAUGUAAAGGCAUCAAAUCCUUAUAAAGCCGACAGAAACAACAAUUAACAGACAAGUACUAAAUAUGAUUUAAGAUUUUUUUGUACUGCUUUUAUAUCAAGCAAAUGAAAUAGUCCUGGCGAUAUGUCAUUAUCGCAAAAUCGCCAAAUUCAGAGGUUCCUAGAUCACUAACACAAAAUACUGCAAUACAUGUUCUUAUACUGCUCUUUUACUCCGCUUUGUUAAGACAACACUCAUGCCAAAAUCAAGUUCGAGCGCGUGCUAAUAAAAUAAGAUGGAUUGAGAGAAAGCUGUUAAUUGACCAUGAAUAUUCAAAAAGAGUAAGAGUUUAGGUAUACAUUAGCCGGGAUACUACAGCAUUGAUUAGAGUGUUUUUGCAAGUUAACUGUCGAUUUCAGGUAUACUCUACCCAGGAUACUACAGGAAUGAUUAGAGCAUUUUUGCAAGUUAACUGUAGAUUUCAGGUAUACGCUACCCGGGAUACUACAGGAAUGAUUAGAGCAUUUUUACGAGUUAACUGUAGGUUUCAGGUAUACACUACCCAGGAUACUACAGGAAUGAUUAGAGCAUUUUUGCAAGUUAGCAGUAGAUUUCAGGUAUACGCUACCCAGGAUACUACAGGAAUGAUUAGAGAAUUUCUACGAGUUAACUGUAGAUUUCAGGUAUACACUACCCAGGAUACCACAGGAAUGAUUAGAGCAUUUUUGCAAGUUAACUGUAGAUUUCAGGUAUACGCUACCCAGGAUACUACAGGAAUGAUUAGAGCAUUUUUGCGAGUUAAUUGUAGAUUUCAGGUAUACGCUACCCAGGAUACUACAGCAUUGAUUAGAGCAUUUUUACGAGUUAACUGUAGAUUUCAGGUAUACGCUACCCAGGAUACUACAGGAAUAAUUAGAGCAUUUUUACGAGGUAACUGUAGAUUUCAGGUAUACACUACCCAGGAUACUACAGGUUAAUACUAUGCAACGCAGAUAACAAAAGCUCAGGAAACAAGGGGACCCUGCAAGACCCAGCGAGGCUGCUUGUCUGCGAAAUUUUUUUGAGACAAGAGCUGACUCUCUCGAAUGUUGAACUAGAAUAGAAUAAUCCAGAAUUAUAAUUUUAAACAUCAAUUGCUACUGAUAUAAUUAUUAAGUUUUCUUACCUGUCUGGAGUCUCUUCCACUGAUGUCAAUGAUCUGGGCGCCAAACAAACGCGUGCGGUACAUAUUUUCCGCCACAAAUAAUUAAAAGCACUUUCAUGAGAUGGUGAUCAAAAUGCAAAAGCAAAAUAGGAAAGCCGGCGCCAAAUUGCUAGAGGCUAGCGAUCGUUUGUUGGGCGGCGUGUGAUAGAGUGAAACUGAUAAAAUAUCGAGAAAUCUGGACAGAAUCUUUUUGUAAUACAUUAUCAAAAAUUAUGUGAAAUACAUCAUCAGAGAACACGUGCGAACAAAAUAAUUUCGGCCCGAUAUUUUUUUCUCGGUAUUUUUCAUCGACAAAAAACCAAAACAUUAAAAAUCACGACUUACCAUCAAUUAAUCGGCUAAACAAAGCUAAACUUACCAAAGUCAAUAACCAAGUAAGGAUUUCCUACAGAAAUAAUUUGCCACUCUCGUUUAGCAGUAUAGUGGUCGAACUUGACGUUGGUUAAAACGGAUUCGUUUUGCUGGCAUCUUCCCGUUAAAUUAAAGUAGAUUUAACACUUGCCAGGAGUAAUUAGAAAUCUAGCCAUUUUGCUCAUAGCUUCGCAAAUGCAACCAGUGUUAUGCAGUAAAGCGACAGAAACUUUAGCGAAAUAUUCACACGCGACAGUCGCGACGACCUCAGUAAAUCUAACAAAUGAAACAAGAUGCUGAGAGAAAAAAAGGGCUUCAUUGAUUGUUUCCGGCAGGCGGUGACAAGUAAUGUACGAGAUUAGAAGACCUCCUGGUCAGAAUUUUUUUUGUAGCCUAAGCCCGUCAUGUCAUGCAGUCUGCAGUCCGCAGUCUGCAGUCUGCGGUCUGCGGUCUGCAGUCUGCGGUCUGGAGUCUGCAGUCUGCAGUCUGCAGUCUGCGGUCUGCGGUCUGCGGUCUGCGGUCUGCAAAUGUCAUACACCGCGCUAAUCAUGUAGUAAAUAUUAAGAAUUUGCUUGAGUAUAAUCCUUCCUAUGUAGAAUUUUACUAUCUUGAUACAUCAAGACAUGCUGAAAGAAAUAAAUAUACAAAAAGGCAAGUAACUCACAGACGAAAUGAAGCUAAUAACGCUGAUCAAGUGGGAUUAACGAUAGAUGAUGUUGAAGCUAAUUAUAACAAAGGUUUUGCAAUAAGAAAAGUAUUACUGGGUGACUCAGCAACAGUACGAUGUGAAAUUCCUCUUCACAGAUAUUCUUUCUUUGAAUCAUUAGAGGAAAAACUUCUUCCAAAUACAAAAAUUGAGCUGAAUAUAGAACUAGAAUCAAAUAAUAAUCUUAUCUGGAGAGCUGGAGGAAACGAUUGUAGAGUUAUACUAACAAGAUUUCAACUAUUUAUUCCAAGAUUAACAAUUAACUCAGAAGGACAAAAGUUGUACAUGGAAAAUUAUCUAAAACCCUACAAAUGGGUGUACCUCCAUGAAAAGGUUGAGCGGUCAAAUAACUCUCAACAGCAAACAGGUCAUUUUAGAAUUACAAAUGCUAUCUCAAAACCUCGCCCGCCAUGUAUUUGUUUUUGGAAUUAACACAGCCAAUAUUGAUUUACAAACAGCAAAUCCAUUUUUAUACAAUACUUUUAAUCUACCAAACAAUGCUAAUAUAUCUCGCUGUUAUCUUGAUGUUGGAAAUGGAAAUGAAUACCCUGAUAUUCACUUUAAACCAACUACAGAUCCAGCAAGAGUUUUCAGAGAAGUAAUGGGAUAUGUUGACGCAAAUAACGACUUUCAAGGUGGAACACUUCUCAAUAGAACAAAUUUUGAGUCUUUGUUCCCAUUUGUUUACUUUGACCUGACAAAACAAAAAAUGGAUAUAAAAGAUGGAGUUACAAAAUUAGCGUUUCAUUAUGAGUUAUCUGCUAAUCCAAACGCUGAUUAUAAUAUCUAUGCUCUGAUACUUCACGAGCGAGUGGCAGAAAUCGAACAGCAAGGAGGAAAACUAUUGCUUCGUGCUUAAUAUAAACAUUGAAAUAAAAUGAAUUUUAAAGAAUAUAAAGAUAAAAUCAAUAAAGAAAGUUAUCCAGAUGAAUAUGCUUUUCAAAAGUAUGAUUCAAAAACUAAAAAAACUUACAAAGAUGAAGAAAUGUAUAAUAUUAAAAAAAGUUUUUCAGAUAUAUUACAUGAUGAAUUAAAAUCUUAUAAAAAUAUAAUAGGAAAUAAAUACUAUAGACAAAUUAUCUAUUUAUCUAAAAAAGAUUAUAAGAAAGUAGAAGUAGGUAAACCGUAUAAUUUAACUGUAUAUGUAAGUAAAAAAAAAUUAAAAUACCAACUGCUCUUUUUCUUACAAAAAAACAAAUAAAAGAUUUUGUUAAGGCAGAAUAUAAAGAUGGUUAUUUUAAUUCAACUUUAUCAAAAGAUCAAAUUGAAAAAACAUUAAAAGAAACUCAAAAUAUAAAUGUUAAAAUUUCUAAUAUUCUUGAUAAACUAUCAAAUGCUAAAUCUAAUCUUGAAUUUAGAAGAGAAAAAAAUCUUAAAAAAUUCAUAGCUGAUUUAAUGAAAUAUUCUUCCAAAACUCCCAUGCUAAAAAGUAGAAAACAACAAGAUGAAAAGGUAAUUAAAUCUUAUUUAGAUAAAAAUAAAAAAAAUUGGAAAUUAUUAUCAAACUUUUAUAAGAUUAAACAAUGUUGAUUUGGUUAGGUUUAUAAAAAAAUGCAUCUCAGGCGAUACUAAUACUAGUUUUAUUAUAGAUUUUGACUAUAAAAGUAAAGUAAAGGAUUUUUUUCCUUUUGUUGUUUAUCUUACAGCUAAACAAAAAAAUUUUUAUUAUAGUUGGUUAGGAACUAAGAGAUUUGAAUUAGAAAUGUCUAAAACCCAAUUUCAUAAAACAUGUUUUGCUAGCAUAGUUAUAAAUAUAGAUAUUUAUUACUAUAAAAAUUAUGGUGAUUUUCCACCUCCUAUAAAAUUAAAUAUAAAAUUUAUUGCUCCUCUAGCAAUUGAAAUGAAAAACUUAAUAGAUUUUGAUGAAGAUUCUAUUCCAACAACUACAACUACAAAAUCUAUUCCAAAAUCAGAUCUUAUUCCAACAACUACAACUACAAAAUCUAUUCCAAAAAGAAAAACACAGAAAAAAAUAGAUGAAAUAAUGACAAAAAAUUUAACAGAUUUUACCAAAGAUCCAUGUAAAAGUUACACCAAAAAUCAAAGUUUGAAAAAAAUAAAAACUGAAGUACUAAAAGCUUUAGUAAACAAACUUAAUUACCCGCUUACAAAAGAUGUUCUUGGGAUAAAACUAACAAAAGAUUUAAAAGAAAAAAUAAGUAAACUAAAUUCAGAAGCAGCAAUUGGGUUAACUUGGAUUAUUAGAGCAUUAGUUCUAAGUAAUACAAAAAAAUUACCAGUUUAUUAUGAAAAUAAUAAUUAUUUUCAAUUAUCUAAAAAAGAAAUAAAAGAAAUUAUUGAAUAUUACUUUACAACAUUAUCUAUACUUUUAAAUCCAGUUUACCCAAGCACAAAUAAAUCAAAUCAACAGAGCUCAUAAAACAGGAGGACGGUUGGUUAUCAAACCAACUCGUAGGCAAGUAGAAGGAGGAUUUCUUGGUACACUUGCAUCUAUUGGAAUUCCAAUGGCAAUUAAUUUAGUAUCUAAAAUGUUUGGCUCUGGGCUUCAAGUUGAUAGGGGAACAUCAUCUAACACAGCAAAUGUUUAUGUUCCACCCACAGAUGGUGGAGGUUAUCCUUAUCAUUCACCACCCUUUUUCGGUACAUGGGAAAACCCAAUAGGAAUGGGCGUUAAAAAAAUGCCCAAAAGAAGAGGACGACCGCGAGGCAGUGGUCUACUACUAGGAAAAAACAGCCCAUUCAACUCAAUUCCCAUACUACGAGACAUUUUGUAAUUAAACCGCUUUCCAACUUUGACCUCAUGGAUUUGAUAAAAAGACUUGGUAUUAAACAUUUUAGAGGAAUAUACAGUCGUGAUGGUCUAUCAAAAAAGAUUAGAAAAGAAUGUGGAAUAAUCAAUCUCGAUGACAUCACUGGCCCUGGAACACACUGGGUUUGUUAUAGAAAUAUAGACAAUAUAGUUGAGUACUUUGAUCCAUUUGGUUUAAUAAUGCCAAAUGAAGCACUGGAGUAUUUUCAUACUUCUGGAAAACGCAUAAUUUACUCAAUGGAUGAAAUACAAAAUCGCAAUACUGUUCUCUGUGGUUACUGGUGUUUAUAUUAUCUACUAGAAAGACAACGGGGUAAUAGUAUUCUAAACGUAAUACAUAACCCACAUUUCGAUAAUGACAACAGUGAUUUUAUAAAAGAAUAUUUCUCUUAAGACUAAAUAUAAAAUUUAUAUUUAGUCUGAAUCCACAGGCGCAUCCUUUAGUUGUUUAACCCUAUCAACUUUUGUAUUUAGAUCUUUAACGCUAUCAACUAUAUCAUCAAACUUCGAGUAAAUGUCAAUAAGGCGAUAAAGUUUUCUUCUUUUUAUCACUAUUUAUUUGCAACCAAGAAUACUCCUCAUCUCUGAUUUUUCCCCACAUCUCACAUUCACCAGCCAUUAGUACUCUAGAAAGAUUAUCUUUUUUCUUUCUAAGAGUCUCAAACUCAUUAUUUAUUUUUCUUUCCCAAAAUCUUUUAGUGUUUUAACAUCCAUCUUUUUUUCUAUCUCAGAAAAGAAUUUGGCCUCCAUUUGUUAUUUAAAUAGAUAAUUUCCUUUUACAACUUUAUUAAAUGUACUUGAUUUUUCACUUAUUUCCAUAAGCAACUCAAAUACUUUUAUAAAUCGAGCAUCAUUUUCCAAUCUAGCAAAAUCAGCGUAUUCAUAACUCAUGUUUAAAUUAUUAUAUAUCUUUUGAAGUUCACUUUUAUAAAAUUAGCUCUAGUUGUCAUUUUAUCUAAACAUUAUACUAAAUGACAAAAUCAUAUUGUAUUGUAGAUAAAAGAGUAACUCCUUGCACAGAGACAAGCGGUUACCAGAAAGAUAAAAGAGGGCGUACUCAAUUGUAUUGUAGAUGCGCAGUUUGUGGAAACAAAAAAGUUAGAUAUGUGAAAACUGGAUCAGUUUCUCAAACUGGAAGUGGUAAAAAGAAGUCAAAAAACUAAUUAGCCCGUCUGAGAAGGCGGGCGGUGAUUUAUUUGAUACUGUAGUUGGCACAGCUACAGACGCGUUUGCUGAACAUGCUUUGCCUUGGAUGGGACGCAAAGCAGUUGAAAUGGGGCGGUAUGGAGCAAGUGAAUUAAUGAGAAAUAAAAAACUACAAAAGAAAGCUGUAAAUUAUGGGAUUAAUAAACUCACUCCAUUUAUUCAGGAGAGUGUUGGAACAGCAAUGGAUCAACUGUCAACCAAAGUUAGGCCAAAUAAAAAGUAUAAAACUGACAGAAAAGACUUAGACGGCCGAUCAGGACGAGGGGUUGGAGGUGGGGUGAAUCCAACUUUGCAGUAUGCUUUUGAUGAAGCUAAAAAUGGUGGAUAUAAGGGUUCUAUAGAUCAAUUUGCUACAACAACUGGACUAACACAUGAGUUAACUGGGGGAAAUCUUGUUUUUGAUGCUGUCAAAUUUGGAUGGGAUAAAGUAGCUAAAGGAGCUGUAAAUAAAGCUAUUCAGGCUGAAAAAAAACACCAAGAUUUUGUAAAAAGUGGAAGUAGGCAGCAUUUUAUAAAUAGUUGGAAAGCAGUAAAAGAAUUAGGUUACAAACAUAAAUACUUUACUUUCUAUUUAAGUUUGACAAAUAAACCACUUGGAUGGACAAUGGGAUCUGGAGUUGACAUUCACAAACAAAUACUAAAAGUAGCUCCGCGUAAAGGUUUUGUACUUCCUGGGCAUAAAUAUACAGGUCUCGGAAAUCCACUCGAGUCUCAAUUGAAAUAUGAUCUUCAAACUGGACAGAUACUGGAAAUCUAUGAACAACCAACUGGGCGAACAGAUGCUGUAUCUAUGCAACACAAUGUUGAUUACUCUGUCUGUGCAAACAAACCCAAAAGUGAACAAGUGCAAUGUAAAAAUAAAGCUGAUAGAAAAACGGUAAAAUCAUUAGAUGCAAUUCCUUGGAAAGAAAGACAAUGGGGGCAUGCUUUGGCUAGAACUAUGAUAAAUACAAAACAAAAACUUGGACUUGGUUUAAACACGCGUCGGCGUUGAGUGAUAGUGAUUGGUGUCAACAAUUAGCCGACGAACUUCACAAACCAAUCACAAGAAACUUUCAAAAGAGAUCGGUGGUGUCAAACGGAAUUGAUGAUAUCUGGGCAGCUGAUUUGGUAGAAAUGCAAAAGUUUAGUAAGUGGAACAAAGGGAUUAAAUAUCUUCUAAUGGUUAUUAAUGUGUUUAGCAAGUAUGGAUGGAUAAUGUGGUUGAAAGAUAAGAAAACCGAAACUGUCAGUAAAGCAUUUGAGAACAUAUUCAAAAGUAAACGUAAACCAAAAAUGUUAUGGACUGAUAAAGGUUCUGAGUUUAUCAGUAAACAUUUCAAAGAUUUUUUGAAAAGUAAAGGAAUUAAACUAUAUCACACUGAAAAUGAAGAAAAAUCUAGUGUUGUUGAGCGAUGGAAUAAAACAAUGAAAAACAGAACGUGGAAGAUGUUUACUGUUAAUAACAACACUGUUUACUGGGAUAAGAUAGAUAAACUAGUUAAUGAUUACAAUAAUGCUAGACAUUCUAGUAUAAAAAUGACUCCUAUUGAAGCGAGUAAAAAGAAAAAUGAAAAUAAAGUUUGGUGUAAUUUGUAUGGUGAUUCUAUUUACUUGAAACCUGGUAAACCGAAAUUUUCUAUUGGUGAUAAAGUUAGAAUUUCUAAGUAUAAGAGAAAGGUAUUUGAUAAGGGUUACACACCAAACUGGACAGAGGAGAUAUUUGUUAUUAAUAAAGUUUACCUACAAAACCUGUUACAUAUAGUAUUGUUGAUUUAAUAGGAGAAGAGAUUAAGGGUUCUUUCUAUGGAAAAGAAUUACAGAAAGCAAAACAGCAAACAUUUAGAAUAGAAAAGAUUAUCAGGAGGGAUAAUAAAAAGAAAAUGGCACUAGUAAAAUGGAGUGGAUAUCCUGAUAAAUUUAACUCAUGGGUUAGCUCUAAGGAUUUGGUUGAUUUUUAAUACAAAUAAUGUAUUAAAAAUAAAAUCCUAUUAUUUAGUCAGUUUCUUCUUUAUCAGAGAUAAGUAAGUCUUCAACUACUUGCUUACUCUCUUCCUCUUCCUCUUCAAUUGUUAGUAAAGACUCUCUAGGUUUUAGUGGUUUGACAUAACACUCAUGUACUUUUAUUUGUAAAGAUGUUACAGUUUUACUUAUGAAAAUUCCUUCUAUUAUAAGUGCCAUUUUAACAUUGCAGUACUGAUCAAUAUAUUUAAAAGGAUUUAAAUCCUUCUUUCCCUUUGUCUUAAAUAGUGAAAGAAUCUUCUUUGAUUUCUCAGAGUAAAUAAGUUUUGCGUAAAGAACUGGCGCGGAUGAGAGAUCUAUUCUUGUUUUCUUCUUUCCUUUUUUAUCUGUAUAUUCUUCCUGUUUGUAAUAAAAUGGUGAAGACAGAGUUGAUGCUAGAUCUGCACCGUACUCAUUUGCUAGAUAUUGCUGAGAAAGAUUUGUUACAUUGUUAACAGCAUCAAAAAAUGAACGCUCUUUAGUACUUGGCUCGCUAUCUUUAGCCCAAAGACAUACUGGAAUACUAUAACCAACUAACUUGUUUGUUUCUUGAUUUUUCUUCUCACUCACACCAAAGCUGAAAAGAAGUGGUGUUUCAAUUACAAGUGGUCCUUUCUUUCCAUUUAAAUAUUUGACUUCAAUUGGGAUACGCUUAUACCUAAUCUUGCUAUCUUUCACUUUGUACUCUUUGGCUUCAUUAAAAACAAUAUUCUCUGGUGUAAGAUAAUCGUAACUGGAUAAUUGCAUUUUUUAUUAUAAUAAUUUAAUUUUUAAGCCAUAAUUUAUUUUUCUGGCCAGAGUAGAUUCACGCUCCAGUAAUUAGCCGAUUCAGGAUUAGUAUAAGUUAACUCUCCCUGUUUAUUUUUAAUCUUUUUAGCUCGAGCGAGAUACUUCUCUUUUAGCUCUUGAUCUUUAUGGAUAAGAUAGUCUGGAUACUGUGAUGACCCGAAAUGAAUUUUCUUUCCACUUGAAAGUGUUGCUACAUAUUUGUUAUUUUUUCGUGAUGAAUAAUCAAGAGAUUCAGCACCGAGUUUUUUAGCUUUUCUUGUUAAUUUUUUAAACUCUUUACCUGAAACAACGUAUUUAUCAUCAUCUGAUGAGGAGGAGUGGUCUUUAGGGUUAUAUGUUGGAUCCUCAUCAUGUCUAUAACCAUCAUCAACUAUAAAAUCCAAAUCUUCUUUUGUAGGAAUAUCGUUUUUAAAUUCCAUUUUUAUUAAUUGAUUAUGUUAUUUAAAAAAAAAUUCCCCUAAUUAAACUUAAGUCUUGUAACAAACAUUGUUAAAAGACUAAAUAUCAUUCAUUUCAUUUAUCCUUGAUUCCAAUUCUAAAAUUCCCUCAAUAAGUAUUUCAUCAUUAAGAAAUAAACCAAGCUUAUAAAAAAACCCCCGAACAAUUAUUUUAUCUCUAUUUAGGAUUAAGUCAACAAAAUACCAAUCAACAAUCUUAAGCCUGUAUUCUGUAGGAUUAUUAAAAUAUUCAAUUAUAUGAUUUACCAAACUCAGAAUCAUUUCAUAAAUAAUAAUCUUACCCCAAUUAUUACUUUGAAUGUUUAAUCCCAUUAUAACCUCUUCAAUAUAUAUCUUAAGAUUUAAUGCUAAUUUUAAAUUAUCAAUCCCUCUUAUAAAAAGAUAUUCAUUUCUGUAUUCCCUUGCAUAAUCUGGGAUUUUAUUAGUUUUUUUAAUGCAUUUCUGGUAAUUCGAAGAGUGCGCCAGGAUAACCAUUUCCCUAACGACUAACUUUCAAAAAUUGUAAAUGGUUGUCACUCAGUCAAACAUAUUUAAGGUUUUUAUUGGUACGUGUCAGCACACACACAGUUAUUGUACUUAAAGGUUCAUAGUGGACCAUAAUAGAGAUUGGCUCGAUUUAAAGGGGUUUUUAAUUUUGCAGGUCUUUAUAGAGAGGUCUGGGUUCGAAAUUAGGCAGUAAGCAUUUGAGAAAAUGUAGAAUGUUUGCACAAUUUUGACGGUGAAUGUAGGCCUGACCUGCGGUAAAUGCUUUUUAAUCGUAAACAAGGAUCUUCUUACUAAAAUAGUAAAGCUAGCCAAACAUUAGCCUGCACCGGGUAGUUUACUGACCUGCGGUAAAUACUUUUUAAUCGUAAACAAGGAUCUUCUUACUAAAGUAGCAAAGCUAGCCAAACAUUAGCCUGCACCGGGUAGUUUACUUUGGUUUCAAUGACUUCCAGAUGGUGAACUUUUUAUGUUACUUUGAAAGAGAUAUCGGAAAGCGAUUGCGAAUUUGAACGAUCCCUCUGAACGCAAGCACAUUUUAGGAAGAAGUUGUAUUUGGAGAAAGGAAAAUUGGAAAUAGUAUUAAUCUGGAUGAACUGCAAAAAGCAGUGUGUAAGGUCAUAAUUUGCUGUGAAUCUGGGAUCAUCCACCGUUCAUGCCAUUAACUCGCCCCAUGUUAGGGAAUCCAAGACAGUCCACUCCGUGGAUUCUGGAUUUCAGGGACUGGUUUCUGCACUACCUUUUUUAUCAGUUGGACUUGAACUCCGGAUUCCAAUCUCAUUAGAGUAUUCAAGAUUGCAAGAUUGCGAGGCCCAUGAUUCCGGAUUCCAAAAUCAAAAAUUCCCUGGAUUCUGAAAUCCAGAUUCCCUUACAUGGGGCGACAUUAAUCGCUGCAAACUCGCUUUGAACUGUAUUGUUUUCAGUCCUUAUGACUAAAUCACUCUGUGCUAAAUUUUUGUCGUUAAACGUCUCCCUGAAGGGGUUCAUGACUUAACGCAUUUUGGUUUUCACUGACGGGUAGUUGUUGUUUUUUAUAGCUGAGUAAUUAAGCUGUAGUAGCUCGUAGAAGUAAUAACUAAGAAACCUCUGAUAGUUGGUUAGCCUCCUGUAAAUAGUACAUCCUCCUUUCAUAUUCUGUUUGGGCAACAACAUCCCCACACCACUAACAACUUUCUUUCAACAGGGUAAUACCAGAUGCGAAUGGAUCUGCGUCUUCCCAACCCUCCAUCAGUUCAUCAGUUACAGAUUUUUAGUUUGAAUUAUCCACUUGUUUCAUCCAUUAGUUGGUCUGUAAGUAUUUAAAGUCAACAAAAGGUCGAUGUCUAUAAAUUUAAAAAAAUAGACAUUCUUGUUUGAUGAUGUUGCUUAUCACACUAGAAAGAGUUCAAAGAAAGGCGGCCGUUUUUGCCUCCAGAAUUUCAACCGAACAGUUAGCGUUACAGACAUGCUUAGAGAGCUGGAAUGGGAUACUUUAGAAAUGAGAAGAAGAAAAAACAAGUUAACACUAACGUACAAACUUAGUCAUAGUCUUGUAGAUAUAAAAACACAGAAAUUUCUUGUGCCGAAUAGCGAGACCAGAACACGUAGGAGCCAUGCGUUUAAGUAUAGAAUACCCCAAAUUAGCAGGGACCUUUUCAAGUUCUCUUUUUUUCCUAGAUCCAUAUGUGAAUGGAAUACUUUG